AUCAUAUCGUGAACGUCAUCAGCUUCACGACACAUUAAUCAGCCAAGUGUUCUAGUCACUAGCAAACAAGAGAGAGCAUUUGUGUUUCACUCCUACCUCAAAAUAAUUCCGCAUCCUCAUCUCUCGCAUCUGUCUCUCUGCCGGUAGCGCGAGCCACACAGCGCAGCCAUGGCCAGCAACGAUCAGCGGGGGCUACAUUAUGAACAAACUUUGGUAAGUUAACUUGUUGAUAGCUGAGGAACGGAGAAUAGCUGAGGAACGUUUUUCUCCGUUCUCUCGAUUUACAAGACCGGUUGAGCGUUCAUCAGCUAAGUUGCCACUUCAACUUCACUUCGUUACACAGUGACAUCGGUGUGUGUUGUCCGUGACACCUGCUUGAGCCAGUGUCGUUUACUGUUUUUACGUCUGGAACAGCUUCAAAGUCUUAUGUGCCUCCGUUUGGUAAAAUGAGAGGACACGACAUGCUUAUGACAGAGAGGUUUAUUAUUUCACUCGUAAAAAUAAAAUAAGAACGGGUAGGCAUAUUUUAAAACACAGCAUCACAUUGUACAUAAUGUGAGUAUUGGUAAAGUGGGACACUUAAUUCUUUAUUGUAAAGAAGGAUAAAUUAGAGAGUAUAUGAGUAAUUUCUAUAUUUUUAUGAUAAACUUCAAUUAUUCAUACAAAUGAAAUGUAUUAAAACAUUAUUUAGGUAUUUUUGUGGAACAUUAAGCAUGAUCAUUUAUUAUUAUGAUUACCAUAAUGAUUAUGAUUAUUAUGAUUAACUAUUAUUAUUAUCAUCAUACUUGAUUAUAAGUAAAUGAUGUAGCCUAUGUGUAAUUGUAUAGUCUGUAAUAUGUAUAUGUAAUGGACUCCCGAGUGGCGCAGCGGUCAAAGGCACUGUAUCUCAGUGUUAGAGGCGUCACACUUCGAUUCCAGGCUGUAUCAUAAUCCGGCCGUGAUUGGGAGUCCCAUAGGGCGGCGCACAAUUGGCCCAGCGUCGUCCGGGGUAGGCCGUCAUUGUAAAUAAGAAUUUGUUCUUAACUGACUUGCCUAGUUAAAUAUAAAAUAAAAAAAUACAUAAAAUGAACUUCAUCUAGGCCUAUCAGCUCAACACUAUACUCUAGUGGACUUUCUGUAGAAUAAAACCAGAAAUGCCUCACCCCUCAACAAUUUCAAUGACUGUUUUAUGGUCAAAUACAGCAAAAUAAACUUUUUUUGUAUGGUUAUGAAUAUAGCUAGCUAGGAUUUUUUAUGUUGGUGAGGUAAUAUCUUUCUAAGUAAAAUGCAGUAAUGCUAGCUUUUGCUCAAGCUAGCUGAUAGCAGAUUUGAAGAAAAUGUAAUUGAACAUUUGAUCCUAUUUAGAAAAUGUAUCUCUGUAAAGAAAACAUGUAUUUCAUAAUCCCCAAAAAUAUUUUUUCGGCAUUAAUAUGUCCAGAGGAGUGUCCCAUUUGACAGUAACAGGGUGUCCCAGUUUGACAGUAGGCAAUUGGCAUACUGGGACACUGUCAAAAUGUCAAUAUUCUAAAAAUGUGAUAGUAGUGAGAAAACCAUUUACAGUCAUUUUGAUUUACAAUUACAGUACAUUCCAUUACAAAAUAUGUUGUAAUGAAACACUGAAUAUCCAUUCUUCGUUUUUUAUAACCUUAACAUUAUUUACCUCAGAAUCCUAUGUCAUUUACUUACCAUUAUGACUCUAGAGACAUUUGUCAUUACAGGGGAUGCCACGUCCACAAUGAUGACGUCAUACCCAUUGAACCCAUUUUUGUAUCAUCACAUACUUCCUCACUAACACACAGGCAUUGAUUGUUGGUUAUGUUAUUGUACACAUUUAAAGAUAUCCAUUACAAAGCUUAAGUGUCCCACUCUGCUAGGUGUCCGACUUAAUCAAUACUCACCCUACAGAAAAGACAGUCCUCUCUCUCUCUCUCUCUCUCUCUCUCUCUCUCUCUCUCUCUCUCUCUCUCCCUCUCUCUCUCUCUCUCUCUCUCUCUCUCAAUUCAAUUCAAUUAGCUUUAUUGGCAUGACGUAACAAUGUACAUAUUGCCAAAGCGUACUUUGGAUAUUAAGUGAAACAUUUACAAUAUUAACAUAAUUAAAAUAAUAAUAAUCAAUAUUGUCAACGGAUCCAUCAGUAACAACAAUAAUCUCUCUUUCUCUCAGGCUUCAUCAUUACCUUGACCGCUCAAUGCAUAGGCUACACUAGUUGGAGUAGCAGUCUAUUCCGUGCAUGAAUAAAGCCCUUUUCUCACCAACUGCGUUGCGAUCUUUUCGUCCGAAUUCCGAAAAAAGUACAGAUUCCGAUUUUGAUGCACUAACCAUUCACACCAAGUCCUAGGCUUUUCCCCUCCACUUCCCCCCUCAAAAUCGCAUAACUUCACCAAUGCUGCGGUCAUUCUCAGUGGCAAUAUGUUGUUCAAAGUGGCUAGAGGACGCAGUAAUGAGAGAAAUAUCACAUAUUACUGGAAAAAAAAUAAUGUGCUACUGAAAAUAUUAGGAUAAGCUAUUCAUCCUGUAUCAUUAAAGGAGCUUGUCUACAUUUCAUUCAGUUGCACCCCAUUUAUUAAGAGUGGAAACGCAAAACUGGCAACUGUUGUCAUUCCUCAAUAUGCUGACCAUCAUGACACACAUAUGCUGACCAUCAUGAUGCUUGCUGCCUACAGUUUUUUUUAAAGUGAUGAAGUCCAGACAGGCUUAUUUUAGGAAACUUUCUGAAUGAAUCUAGAGAAUAAGCAAACACAUACAAGCACAUCCACCCACAUAUCUCCUCAUGUCCACUAGAUGCAUCGAACUCUUUGCGUUCUGGCAGAAGCCAUUCAUUGUCAAUGGAGCAUUCCACAACACUAUGUUGGGGAUGGUGCACUAGGCUGCGGUGCAUUCUGUGUACCAUGUACAUUCAAUAUUUUAACCUUUACGGUGUGGUGGUACAUACAGAAGUGCACACACAUACUCCAACUAGCUAGCUUUUAGCUAAUUGAAAAGCAACGCACAUGUGCAUAAAGUACUGAAAUUGCGGGCUAGACAUCCCGCAAAACAAAGCGCAAAUGCAUCUGGUGGACAUUGGGUGUAAAAGGACCCAUCAAUCAAAGCCGCCUGCAGCAGAUCUCACUCAGACACGUAAGCAAAAUUGUAUAAAAAAUAUUGCUUUAGCUUCAAAUCCUUUCUGGAGGAUAUCAAAACGAUAGUCUAUAUUAUAGGAUAAUGCUAAAUCAAUGUAACCUAUCAUAUAAAUUGAUGAGGAAAGUUUUAAGGGGGAGAUAUAGAGAAAGCUGUAAUAGAUCAAGAUGAAAUUGACAACCAACCAUUAGAAAAUAGAAACACAUGCAUGCAACCUGUCCAUAGCAACCUGUCCAUAGCCAAAUGAUCAGCCUUUGAUCAAUUUUAGUGAAGCAAUGGGUGGUUAUGUUGACACUACAUUUUUUGCGAUAACGAUACAUUUGUGAUAAAUGACGAUAAAUUAUUUUUGGGGGAGGUGCUAUGUGGACAAAAAGUAAUAGGGUGAUAAAUGUAACUAUUUUGCUCGAUAACAAUAAAUACAAAGAUUUACAAAAAAAUGUUUUAAUGGACAAUUACUUUGCAUUAGAGGCAGAGCUGUAUACUAUUUUUUUCCUGUGCCAAGUAAGACAACUGAGAUGGUAGCCUAUUAUUAUAAAAGUAAGCUAUUUCACCUAACAUAUCCAGAGAAUGCAUGAUGGAUAUUUUUGAUGUACAACCCGUCAAAAUUGGAUCCAGAAUGAUCAGAUAUAUUUUUGGCUCUUCAGAGAAUUUGCCGGCAUCUUUGUGCAUAUUGGCCUGUAAGCUAUGUUAUGAGGAAGUGGGAACUCAAAACACUUAUCUAGAUUGCUAACUCUAAAUAUGAUAUUCUUGCCAUAUAGCCAUGUAUGCUAAUUGGCCUUUCACUGCAAAUGUUGCGCUCAACUCCGGGGAUGCAUCAAAACCAUACUACAGCCUACUCUGGUUGUAAAGUGGUGCCAUGAACUCAAUAUGAAGAGGUGAGAAAUUAAUAUAUACUCACAGAAAGCGGUGACUCUCCUCUCUGUAACUAGAACACACCUUUUCCCGCAAUUACAUUUUGAGCAACGGUCAUGCUUGUGCUUCUCAGAAUGCAUCUCUCCCGCCUCCGUGCACACAGUGGGGCGAGGGAGUGAGUCUCACAUAGCAGCCGACAUCGAAACCGGACAGGCAGAUACCUUCAUAGCAGGAAUCAGCAUAAUGCAUAGGCUAUAACUGUUGACCAAAUAAUGAUUUUAGAACAAUCACAGAAAAUUACCGACAUAAGCAAAAUGCUUCAGUAAGAGAAAGGCCAUGUCUGUCAUUUUCGGUUUAUCAUCCCAGCUCUCUUCAUCUAGAUUUACUGUCAAGGAGGGGUGUCAAAGUGUACCACAGGAGAAUGGGCAAACAAAUCUAUGAUUGAUAUGUUAUGCCCUUGCUUUGUGUAAUGAGUGUGUCUGUGUAUGGGUGAAAUAAGGGAUGUUUUUAUGGGAGAUGAGAUUAAAGGACUUCUUGUUACAGGAACCUGUGUGUGCAUCUAUGUUUGCAGUAUGUGUGUCAGUGGAGGCUGCUGAGGGGAGGACGGCUCAUAAUAAUGGCUGGAAUGGAGCGAAAUGGAAUGGCAUCAAACACAUGGAAACCAUGUGUUGGAUGUAUUUGAUACCAUUCCACUGACUCCGCUCCAGCCAUUACCAUGAGCCCGUCCUCCCCAAUUAAGGUGCCACCAACCUCCUGUGGUGUGUGAUAAUGUCUGUGUGUGUGAAGUGACUGAUGUGACAACCUGUAGGCAAUGGUGUAACUUAGGCUAACUAAGUAAAAAUACUUUGAAGUACUACUUAAGUAUUUUUAGGGGUAUCUCUACUUUACAUUACAAUUUAUAGUUUGGACAACUUUUACUUUUACUCCACUACAUUCCUAAACAAAAUAUGUACUUUUUACUCCCAUACAUUUUCCAUGACACCCAAAAGUACUCGUUACAUUUCAAAUGCUCUGGCAAGACAGAAAUAUGGUCCAAUUCAUGCAUCUAUCAAUAUAAUGUGUUGUCAUUCCCUACUGCCUCUAAUCUGGCGGACUCACUAAACACAAAUAUUGCGUUCGGAGUGUGCCACUAGCUGUCCGUAAAACAAGAAAAUCGUGUUAUCUGGUUUGCUUAAUAUAAGGAAUUUGAUGUAUAGCAUUGACUUUUACUGAAGUAUGACAAUUAAGUACUUUUUUCCACCACUGUACCUAAGUACUUUGAGACUUUUACUCACAUAGUAUUUUACUGGGUGACUUUCACUUUUACUUCAGACAUUUGCUAUAACAAAUGCACUAUACAGAAAUCGCUCCGCCAUUUCCUGGUUACUAAAAUUCUAAUAGUUUGCCUAAUUUCAGUUUAUGUAACAAAAUAACCAAGUAUAGUGUAGAGAGUCAUUGUACCAUCUAAACCUCUGUGAUAUACCUUUUCCAUAACAAAAAAUAUUGUAUUUUCAGCUGUUUGAAGCUGGUGUACGAAACUGAAAGUAAAAGAAGCAAAAACUAAACUUAAGAACGGGAAGCAUAUAAAUAGCGCACAUAGAACAGAUCUAGUGCUUCCCAGACUUGCUUUCAAUGAGAAUGAGAGAUCUAUAACUCACAUUUCUAUGUGAAUUUGGUAGGGAAUUGCCAGGGACCUCCUCAUACGAUAUUAUUACAAUACUUAGGUGCCGAUACGAUAUGUAUUGCGAUUCUCACGGUAUUGCGAUUCGAUAUUGUGAUUUUAUUGCGAUUCAAUGUUGCAAACAUAUUGCUCACUGUAUGUCUGCUGCAGAGGGACAAGAGAGAUCCAUGAGAAAAUGGGUUUUGAGCAGUCAUGUAAAUAAAAGUGCAGAAAACAAAUUGGCUUCCUUUUUAUAAAGAAGAUGGAGAACAAGCUAUGAAGGAAAACUACUGGAGUUUUGGUGCAGGUACAGCUAACUAGCGCAAAAAAAUUGCGAUAUUAUCAAAAUGAUAUGAUAUUUCAUAAAAAAUUAUAUCCUGAUAUGUAACUGUAUCGAUUUCUUCCCCCCAUCACUACUCUCCCUCCCCCUCUCUCAUAUAUCCUAUCUCUCCUUAGACCUGUUGUUCUGGCUGAUACAGUCCUAUACACUGUAGAUAGGGCCAGUUGUUCUGGGUGAUUUAGUCCUAUACAUAGACGAACCUUAGACUGCCAUUGCAAUGUGCCGGUGUGACCCAUUCAGUCAACAACCUCUACAGUAUGUGUAAGUAAAAUAGUGUCUAGUGUGAUAGGGCUGUCUAGUGUGAUACCCAGUCCUUGCUGUAAGUACAUGGCAUGUUUUGUAUAUGCUUAUGUGUGUGUGUUACCUACUGCUGUCCCUUAACCCUUUCUGUGUGUUCUUCCAGAUGUAUGGUCACUACACCCAGGAGCUGGGGGCAUAUGCUAAAGAAGAGGCAGUUCGCCUGAGGGAGGAGGGGGGGCGGAGGCCCCCAGUCACAGAACGCUCACGCUCCCUGGAACUCCUGGAGAACGAAAAGGGCCGAAGCGCUAAGUGUCGCAGUGAGUACUGAAUCUAUACUGACCACUCAAGCUGACCGUACUGUGACCAGACCGUAUUCUCUGACCAGGUCUCUCGCUCUCUCUUACUGUGAAACAAGUCUCACUUCACAUUAACUUUGCCAGAUGUAGUUACAUUGUUACAAACAAAAUAAACUGGAGUGUAUUGAAGGAGGGAUUUGGGGGGAGAGUUUUGGAGUGUUUGUGCAGUCAGUGUGUGUGUGUGGAUGUGUGUUUGCUAGCACAGUGUUUGUGGUGUGUGAGCCACCUCAUUCUAUGUACUGUUGAUGGUGAUAAUAAUGAUUAAUAUGUUUGUUUUUGGUAGACUGAACAGCCUGAUCACUAGAAAUAGACGGCGAGUGUACAAAACAUUAUGAACACCUGCUCUUUCCAUGACAUAGACUGACCAGGGGAAUCCAGGUGAAAGCUAUGAUCUCUUAUUGAUGUCACCUGUUACAUUUUUGAGCCUUGAGAAAAUUGAGACAUGGAUUGUGGUAUGUGUGCCAUUCAAAGGGUGAAUGGGCAAGACAAAAUAUUUAAGUGCCUUUGGAUGGGGUAUGGUAGUAGGUGCCAUGCCGCCUUGCCCAGGUGUACCGAUGUGUGUCAAGAACUGCAACGCUGCUGGGUUUUUCACGCUCAACAGUUUCCUGUGUGUAUCAAGAAUGGUCCACCCCCCCAAGAAAGUUUGCCCAGCACUGGGUGCAAACUCGUGAUGGUCGGAGCCAGAGCGCACUACUUAGACCAAUGCGCCACCGCAGUUCACAAUAAUCUAGCAAGCCGUGAGAAUACCUGAUGAUACAGCAGUGGAUGGAAACAACUUGUUGUUUUUAAUGAUUUAGUUUUAGCCUUCCCCAUGCCAUAGCCCUAACCUUAACCACUCGGAAUUCAAACCUAAACUUAACCCGUUGAGUUGUUUAUUUUUUAACCCUGUAACCACGCAGAAGUAGUGGGUCAAAAAUAGACAUUCAUCCAUAAUACGUUGAAUUUCGAAGGGAAACUGAGAUCUUGUUGUGACUGAAAGGGACAUAUCUACAGUGUACAGGGACACUAUUUGUACUGGGACACAAAACAAGACACCACAACAGUCUAAAUUCUGCAGGGGAUUAAGUGUCACAUGUUAAACUUGUUCCAGGUGAUACAUAUGUGACAUUCACAUACAGUACAUGUCCUUGGACAAUCCGGUGUGUGUGUGUGUGUGUGUGUGUGCGCAAGUUAAUGAGAUAAGGACUAAUAGAGCAGGACAGUUGAUAUGGAAAAUUAGUUUACACUAAACACAUACAAAUUACACUACACACACAACCAAAAAAAGCACAGAACUCUCAUAUUUGUGUGUGUGUGUGUGUGUAUGUGGUGUUUGUGUGUCAAUUCGGUCCCAGAUCCCAGCUCAUUGCAUGUGAAUGGAAUGCCCUCUACUGUUAAUACCUGCUCAUUGCACUUUAUUUCUCUGCUCACUUCUGCUAUAACGGCUCUAGAGUCGAUAUCCAUGCCCCUGUGGAAAUCUAAUUAGCAUGAUAUAAAAAUCCCCAUCAAAAUCUGUCUAUUGUUUUUUUUUGCAAGGGCUGCGUCUCAAUCCACCGCAUCAGCUAAUGGUGGCCUUCCACAACUGUGGUGGAAAGUGGCCGAGCUACAGUGUUGUUGUGUCCAAAAGGUUUGGCCUACAAACUAGUACAGUGCCUUCGGAAAGUAUUCAGACCCUUGGAACUUUUCCACAUUUUGUUACGUUACAGCCUUAUUCUAAAAUGGAUUUUAAAAAAUAAUAAUCCUCAGCAAUCUACACACAAAACCCCAUAAUGACAAAGCGAAAACAGGUUUGUAGAAAUGUUUGCAAAUGUAUUAAAAAUAAAAAACAGACAUACCUUAUUUACGUAAGUAUUCAGGUCCUUUGCUCUGAGACUCGAAAUUGAGCUCAGGUACAUCCUGUUUCCAGUGAUCAUCCUUGAGAUGUUUCUACAACUUGAUUGGAGACAUGAUUUGGAAAGGCACACACCUGUCUAUAUAAGGUCCCACUGUUGACAGUGCAUGUCAGAGCAAAAACCAAGCCAUGAGGUCGAAAGAAUUGUCCGUAGAGCUCCGAGACAGGAUUGUGUCGAGGCACAGAUCUGGGGAAGGGUACCAAAAAAAUAUAUGCAGCAUUUAAGGUCCCCAAGAACACAGUGGCCUCCAUCAUUCUUAAAUGGAAGAAGUUUGGAACCACCAAGACUCUUCCUAGAGCUGGCCCGCCCGGCCAAACUGAGCAAUCGGGGGAGAAGGGUGUCAGGGAGGUGAACAAGAACCAGAUGGUCACUCUGACAGAGCUCUAGAGUUCCUCUGUGGCGAUGGGAGAACCUUCCAGAAGGACAACCAUCUCUGCAGCACUCCACCAAUCAGGCCUUUAUGGUAGAGUGACCAGACGGAAGCCACUCCUCAGUGAAAGGCACAUGACAGCCCACUUGGAGUUUGCAAAAAGGCCCCUAAAGACUCUCAGACCAUGAGAAACAAGAUUCUCUGGUCUGAUGAAACCAAGAUAGAUCUCUUUGCCCUGAAUGCCAAGCGUCAUGUCUGGAGGAAACCUGGCACCAUCCCUACGGUGAAGCAUGGUGGUGGCAGCAUCAUGCUGUGGGGAUAUUUUUCAGCGGCAGAGACUGGGAGACUAGUCAGGAUCGAGGGAAAGAUGGAAAGGAGCAAAGUACAGAGAUAUGCUUGAUGAAAACCUGCUCCAGAGCACUCAGGACCUCAGACUGGGGCGAAGGUUCACCUUCCAACAGGACGACGAACCUAAGCACACAGCCAAGACAACGCAGGAGUGGCUUCGGGACAAGUCUGUGAAUGUUCUUGAGUGGCCCAGCCAGAGCUCGGACUUGAACCCAAUCGAACAUCUCUGGAGAGACUUGAAAAUAGCUGUGCAGCGACGCUCCCCAUCCAACCUGACAGAGCUUGAGGGGAUCUGCAGACAAGAAUGGGAGAAACUCCCCAAGUACAGGUGUGUCAAGCUUAUAGCGUCAUAUCCAAGAAGACUUGAGGCUGUUAUCGCUGCCAAAGGUGCUUCAACAAAGUACUGAGUAAAGGGUCUGAAUACUUAUGUAAAUGUAAUAUUUCCGUAAAAAAAAAAUAUAUAUAUAUUAACAAAGCUUUUGCUUUGUCAUUAUGGGUUGUUGUGUUGAUGAGAAAAAAUAAUAAAUGAAUUUAGGAAAAAGGCUGUAACGUAACAAAAUGUGGAAAAAGUCAAGGGGUCUGAAUACUUUACGAGGACACUGUACAACUCUAUGGAGAGAUGAGACUCUCAUGAACAUGAUGGUGUUUUCCGUGUUGCUACCACAAGCAUCACGGGACUCAUCUGAAGUCUGUACUGCCGAUCUGCCAACUUCUGUCUGUAGCGACCAAACAGUUUGGGCUACACACUAAUAUGACCCCUCUGUGGAAAGGUGAGACUCUCACAAACACGUACAUGUCAGUACAUGUUUUGCUCUAGGAUGCACACAAGCCUCACGAGACUCGUCUGAAGGUAGCCCUGUACCAGUUUAAAAAAUGAAUGAAAGUGUAUAUGGAAGUAGUUUAGGGCCAAUUUUGUUUAGUUAAAUAUGGGUUCAAAAAAAUACACAAAUCUUGGUCUUUCUUAUAUCUCUCAGAUAUAGGACAGACAUUUUAAAACAAACUUCCUUUAAAUUUAUUUUUGGACUAUCUGUUUUUCCAUGUAUGAAUAUGUUAUUCAAUGCAUUUUGUAUGUACUAAUAGCAGGCCAAAUUCAAUGUUUCAUCAAUGUUGUGUUACAGUCUGAAUUCAAAAUGGAUGAAAUUGAUUAUUUUUCUCACCCAUCUACACACAAUACCCCAUAAUGACAAAGUGAAAACAUGUUUGUAGAAAAUGUUGCACAUUUAUUGACAAUGAAAUACAGAAAUAUCUAAUUUACAUAAGUCAAUACUUUGUAGAAGCACCGUUGGCAGCGAUUACAGCUGUGAUGCUUUCUGAGUAAGUCUUUAAGAGCUUUCCACACCUGGAUUGCGCAACAUUUGCCCAUUAUUCUUUUCUAAAUUAUUCAAGUUCUGUAAAAUUGGUUGUUGAUCAUUGCUAGACAAUCAUUUUCAGGUCUUGCCAUAGAUUUUCAAGCAGAUUUAAGUCAAAACUGUAACUCGGCCACUCAGGAACAUUCACCUUCUUCUUGGUAAGCAACACCCAUUGUAGAUUUGGCCUUAUGUUUUAGGUUAUUGUCCUGCUGAAAGGUUAAUUCAUCUACCAGUGUCUGGUGGAAAGCAGACUGAUCCAGGUUUUCCUCUCAGAUUUUACCUGUGCUUAGCUCUAUUCCGUUUAUUUUUUAUCCUGAAAAACUCCCAAGUUCUUAACGAUUACAAGCAUACCCAUAAUACACUGCUCAAAAAAAUAAAUGGAACACUUAAACAACACAAUGUAACUCCAAGUCAAUCACACUUCUGUGAAAUCAAACUGUCCACUUAGAAAGCAACACUGAUUGACAAUACAUUUCACAUGCUGUUGUGCAAAUGGAAUAGACAAUUAGCAAGACACCCCCAAUAAAGGACUGGUUUUGCAGGUGGUGACCACAGACCACUUCUCAGUUCCUGUGCUUCCUGGCUGAUGUUUUGGUCACUUUUGAAUGCUGGCGGUGCUUUCACUCUACUGGUAGCAUGAGACGGAGUCUACAACCCACACAAGUGGCUCAGGUAGUGCAGCUCAUUCAGGAUGGCACAUCAAUGCGAGCUGUGGCAAGAAGGUUUGCUGUGUCUGUCAGCGUAGUGUCCAGAGCAUGGAGGCGCUACCAGGAGACAGGCCAGUACAUCAGGAGACGUGGAGGAGGCCGUAGGAGGGCAACAACCCAGCAGCAGGACUGCUACCUCCGCCUUUGUGCAAGGUGGAGCAGGAGGAGCACUGCCAGAGCCCUGCAAAAUGACCUCCAGCAGGCCACAAAUGUGCAUGUGUCUGCUCAAACGGUCAGAAACAGACUCCAUGAGGGUGGUAUGAGGGCCCGGCGUCCACAGGUGGGGGUUGUGCUUACAGCCCAACACCGUGCAGGACGUUUGGCAUUUUCCAGAGAACACCAAGAUUGGCAAAUUCGCCACUGGCGCCCUGUGCUCUUCACAGAUGAAAGCAGGUUCACACUGAGCACAUGUGACAGAUGUGACAGAGUCUGGAGACGCCGUGGAGAACGUUCUGCUGCCUGCAACAUCCUCCAGCAUAACCGGUUUGGCGGUGGGUCAGUCAUGGUGUGGGGUGGCAUUUCUUUGGGGGGCCGCACAGCCCUCCAUGUGCUCGCCAGAGGUAGCCUGACUGCCAUUAGGUACCGAGAUGAGAUCCUCAGACCCCUUGUGAGACCAUAUGCUGGUGCGGUUGGCCCUGGGUUCCUCCUAAUGCAAGACAAUGCUAGACCUCAUGUGGCUGGAGUGUGUCAGCAGUUCCUGCAAGAGGAAGGCAUUGAUGCUAUGGACUGGCCCGCCCGUUCCCCAGACCUGAAUCCAAUUGAGCUCAUCUGGGACAUCAUGUCUCGCUCCAUCCACCAACGCCACGUUGCACCACAAACUGUCCAGGAGUUGGCGGAUGCUUUAGUCCAGGUCUGGGAGGAGAUCCCUCAGGAGACCAUCCGCCACCUCAUCAGGAGCAUGCCCAGGCAUUGUAGGGAGGUCAUACAGGCACGUGGAGGCCACACACACUACUGAGCCUCAUUUUGACUUAUUUUAAGGACAUUACAUCAUAGUUGGAUCAGCCUGUAGUGUGGUUUUCCACUUUAAUUUUGAGGGUGACUCCAAAUCCAGACCUCCAUGGGUUGAUAAAUUUGAUUUCCAUUGAUAAUUUUUGUGUGAUUUUGUUGUCAGCACAUUCAACUAUGUAAAGAAAAAAGUAUUUAAUAAGAUUAUUUCAUUCAUUCAGAUCUAGGAUGUGUUAUUUUAGUGUUCCCUUUAUUUUUUUGAGCAGUGUAUGAUACAGUCACCAGCAUGCUUGAAAAUAUGGAGAGUGGUACUCAGUAAUGUGUUGUAUUGGAUUUGCCCCAAACAACUUUGUAUUCAGGACAAAAAGCCAUAUUUUUUGCAGUAUUACUUUAGUGCCUUGUUAUAUAUUUUUUUCUGUGUAGGCUUCUUUAUUUUCGCUCUGUCAAUUAGGUUAGUAUUGUGGAGUAACUACAGUGUUGUUGAUCCACCCUCAGUUUUUUCCUAUCACAGCAAUUAAACCCUGUAACUGCUUUAAAGUCACCUCAUGAUGAAAUCCCUACACAAUCCCUAAACGGUUUCCUUCCUUUAUGGCAACUGAGUUAGGAAGGACACCUGUAUCUUUGUAGUGACUGGGUUUAUUGAUACACCACCCAAGGUGUAAUUAAUAACUUUGCCAUGCUCAAAGGGAUAUGUUGUGGAAAUUCUACACAGGGACACUCAAAGUCAAUCUUAUUCUUUUGUAUAUUACCCCGUUUUCCUCCACUAUUUGGAUCUUGUCUCAUCGCUGCAACUCCCCAAUGGGCUCGGAGGCGAAGGUCGAGUCAUGCAUCCUCCGAAACAUGACCCGCCAAAACGCACUUCUUAACACCCGCCCGCUUAACCCGGAAGCCAGCCGCACCAAUGUGUCGGAGGAAACACCGUUCAACUGAUGACCAAGGUCAGCCUGCAGGCACCCGGCCCGCCACAAGGAGUCGCUAGAGCAUGAUGAGCCAAGUAAAGCCACCCCGGCCAAACCCUCCACUAACCCAGACGACGCUGGGCAAAUAGUGCUCCGCCCUAUUGGACUCCCGAUCAUGGCCGGUUGUGAUACAGCCCGGGAUCGAACCCAAGUCUGUAGUGAUGCCUCUAGCACUGCAAUGCAGUGCCUUAGACCAUGAUAUCAUGAUAAACCCUAUUAUUGAAAACAGAGUCCAUGCAACUUAUGUGACUUGUUUAGCACAUUUUUACUCCUGAACAUAUUUAGGCUUGCCAAAACAAAGCGGUUAAAUGCAUUUCAGCUUUUCAUUUUUUAUUAAUUUGUAAACAUUUAAAAAAACAUAAUUCCACUUUGACAUUAUGGGUAUUGUGUGUAGGCCAGUGACAAACACAUCUCAAUAUAAUCAAUUUUAAAUUCAGGCUGUAACACAACAAACGUGCAAAAAGUCGAGGGGUGUGAAUACUUUCUGAAGGCACUGUAGGUGCUUGUGUGUGUGCAUGUACUGUAAUGCUUUGCGACACAAUCUCUUUCUCUUCCUUUCUCGUUCUGAAUGUCACACACUGAAACCUUAUUGUGAUGGUGAAUAUCAUCUGAAAUACUUCAAGAGAAGGUGAGGAAGAAGUGUAUGUGUGUGUGCAUGUGUGUGUGUGCAUGUGCGCGUGCAUGUGUGUGUGUGUGUGUGUGCUUCUCAGCUCCCAUCUCAGUGAUUAGUUCCCAGUGUUGAGGCUGUAUAGGGUUGACUCAGCUAAAGCUCUCUCUCAGCCUCCCUUCAACCUCUCACCACAUCGCAUGGACUAGGCUGUUUCCUCUCCCCUCACAUCAGCCAGAAUACAACAUGCCUUUUCCCAACUGUGUGUGUGUGUGUGUGUGUUUCUAAUGAAGGCUGACAGGGAAAAGAUUCACCCAUGUGUAACACUGACUCCUCUACUUAAGCAAUAACGCACAAGAUGCAGUGCUGUAACAUGAGGUAAAUGUCACAGGUAAAUGUCGUAAAUGGCCGGUCAACCCAUUUACCUGUGACUGUAUUCAUGAUACAGCACUGGCUCGCGUGCCUAAUUGCUUUUAUCAAACUGUUACCAACAUGUUAAAAUAACAAUGAAUUACAUAUUUUCAUUAAAACGUUAUUUUGAAAAGUCAUUUAUAUAAUUUCAUUUUUCCACCUGAAGAUAUAUUCCGGACAAAAAUCUGGUUGUUAGUUAUUUUGGUCAUGUUGCUACAGACGCCACCUAGUCGUUAAUCAUUUUUGCAUAGUUGCUAUGCAAAACGUCUGGUCGUCUGUUCUAAACAAAAUGGUUGCUAUGCAGGCUGGAUAAAGUUCUUGUCACUUGCUAGCUAGCCAACUUCAGCUAACGCAGUCACAUCAAACAUUGAACCUGGAAUGACAGUACACUACCUGCAUUUUCGUUUUUUUUUUUUUCUAUUGUCAUUUACAUGAAUAUGUCCAUGAUAAUGACGUUGAUCCGUGAUUUCGACUAGCUCAGAAAAAGUUGGCUCCUUUUGUCUGGGCACCUUUCACUCUAUGGAUGGUACUACAGAGAUCAAAAUUCAAAAGUGAAACAUUGUUUCCGAGGUCAGACAGGCAGACAGCAAGGCUUAUAUUAACCCCUGACGUACCUAACUAAAUGCUAGGCUGAAAGCAAGGGGAAAUAAUGUGUGAGUUGAUAUUUGGAAUUGGAAUGGACAUUUGGUUUAAAUUAUUUUUGAAUUAACUGGAAUUGAAAUGGAAUCGACCCCAACCCUGACACACACCUUUUUUUUACAUGAAUUUUCAGGACUUUUUGGGGAGUGCAAAUUUUUUUCAAAAUCCCUAACCCUAACUCCUAACCUUAAAACUAACCAUAAUCCUAACCUUAACCCCAAACCCUAAACCUAACCCUUAACCCUAAAAUAACAUUUGAACAAAUUCAGGACAUGAUAAAAGCGAGCCAAUGCUAACUAGUGUUAGUGCAAUGACUGAAUGCGAGCAUAUACCCAUAGACUUUCAGUCAUUGUUCUAACGCUAGUUAACAUUGGCUCAUAAAACUACAUUUAACAUCCUUCAUACUGGACACAGAGACAUACAAAUGGUAUCCACAUAUUCACCUGACUCUGGGGAAGUAGAUAAAGAGCCUCAUUGCCAAAAUUCCAAAGUAUCCCUUUAAUGAUAUACACCCCCAUCCAUGUCAUCAACAUAACAACCUGUUCCCCUAUACAAUAGGACACACAGGCCGUACUAUAGAGAAGGAGGAAAGUUGAGAGACAGAAAUGGGUAGAGUAAUAAUACUUUAGAUGAGAAGGAAAAGAGAGAGAGAGAGAGAGAGAGAGAGAGGAAGAGGGGGAUACAGAAAGAAGAGGAUUUAUUUUAUACUUUGUUUAUAUUCUCCCUUUCAUCUGACAGAAUCUUCUACUGUGGUAAAGUAGCAUUAGUGUGGUUUAGUACAUUGGUGAGAUGAGAGAAGACUGAAUAAGAUGACAGGGGAGCAGAGCAGGACUAAUGUUAGGACAGUGGAGGGAAACAGGGGAAGAACUGGUAGAGUCAGUGUGUGUGUGUGUGUGUGUGUGUGUGUGUGUGUGUGUGUGUCUGUAGGGGGGGGGUAGAGGAGAGGACGGGAGACAGAGCAAAACAUCCCUGUGUAAAAUGAUACUAGUCUGUGCAAAAGUUAACUCUGAAAAAUGGUGAGGGGGUUACAAUGUAUGGUGGGUAUGUGUGGUCCUGACUCCAAGGUGGGUGACGUAGUUUUAACAAUGUCUCUCCUCAGUCUGUAAGAUGUGUUGGUUUGUUUCUAUUGUAGUUCUGACUGACUUGACUGACUAGUACUGUACUAGUAACAGUGGUGUUGUUGUCUAACAGUGUGCACCUGUAUCUCUCUUCCCUCCAGUCUGUACGGUGCGCUGUCAGAAGUUCCUCAUCUCUUGUGUUGGUGAAGACUGGAUCUUCCUCAUCCUCCUGGGUCUAUCCAUGGGUCUGCUCAGCUGGGUGGUCGACAUCGGUAUCGGCAUCUGUCUACAAUGUAAGAGAGGGAGGUAGGGAGUUGGGGAGGGAAGGAGAGGUAGACUCCUUGGUCUACUCAUGGCUCUGGUCAGCUGGGUGAGGGAGGAUGGGAUAGCGAGAGGAGAGAGGGAUGGUGGGAGAGGAUGCAGGGAAGCCAAAAGGUGCACAGACUACUUAGACCCCAUGGUGUGUGUAAGCACAUUGUCAGUGUCCUCCCUUUAGGUUUGAAUGUAUCUUUUGUGUGCCUUCGGAAAGUAUUCAGACCCCUUGACUUUUUUCAUAUUUUGUUAUGUUACAGCCUUAUUAUAAAAUUGAUUAAAUAAAAAAAAAUCCUCAGCAAUCUACACACAAUACCCCAUAAGGACAAAGCGAAAACAGGUUUUUAGAAAACUUUGCCAAAUGUAUUACAUAUAAAAAACAGAAAUACCUUAUUUAUAUAAGUAUUAAGACCCUUUGCCAUGAGAUUCAAAAUUGAGCUCAGGUGCAUCCUGUUUCCAUUGAUCAUCCUUGAGAUGUUUCUACAACUUGAUUGGAGUCCACCUGUAGUAAAUUCAAUUGAAUGGACAUGAUUUGGAAAGGCACACACCUGUCUAUAUAAUGUCCCAUAGUUGACAGUGCAUGUCAGAGAAAAAAACCAAGCCAUGAGGUUGAAGGAUUUGUCUGUAGAGCUCCGAGACAGCAUUGUGUCGAGGCACAGAUCUGGGGAAGGGUACCAAAAAAUGUCUGCACCAUUGAAGGUCCCCAAGAACAUGGUGGCCUCCAUCAUUCUUAAAUGAAAGAAGUUUGGAACCACCAAGACUCUUCUUGAGCUGACUGCUCGGCCAAACUGAGCAAUCGGGGGAGAAGGGCCUUGGUCAGGGAGGUGACCAAGAACCCGAUGGUCACUCUGACAGAGCUCUAGAGUUCCUCUGUGGAGAUGGGAGAAACUUCCAGAAAGACAACCAUCUCUGCAGCACUCCACCAAUCAGGCCUUUAUGGUAGAGUGGCCAGACGGAAGCCACUCCUCAGUAAAAGGCACAUGACAGCCCGCUUGGAGUUUGCCGAAAGGCCCCUAAAGACUCUCAGACCAUGAGAAACAAGAUUCUCUGGUCUGAUGAAACCAAGAUUGAACUCUUUGGCCUGAAUGCCAAUCGUCACGUCUGGUGGAAACCUGACACCAUCCCUACGGUGAAGCAUGGUGGUGGCAGCAUCAUGCUGUGGGGAUGUUUUUCAGUGGCAGGGUCUAGGAGACUAGUCAGGAUCGAGGCAAAGUUGAACUGAGCGAAGUACAGAGAGAUCCUUGAUGAAAACCUGCUCCAGAGCGCUCAGGUCCUCAUACUGGGGGCGAAGGUUCACCUUCCAACAGGACAACGACCCUAAGCACACAGCCAAACAACACAGGAGUGGCUUUGGGACAAGUCUCUGAAUGUCCUUGAGGGGCCCAGGCAGAGCCCGGACUUGAACCCGAUCGAACAUCUCUGGAGAGACCUGAAAAUAGCUGUGCAGCAACGCUCCCCAUCCAACCUGACAGAGCUUUAGAGGAUCUUCAGAGAAGAAUGGGAGAAACUCCCCAAAUACAGGUGUGCCAAGCUUGUAGCGUCAUACCCAAGAAGACUCGAUGCUGUAAUCACUGCCAAAGGUCCUUCAACAAAGUACUGAGUAAAGGGUCUGAAUACUUAUGUAAAUGUGAUAUUUCAGUUUUUAUUUUCAAUAAAUUAGCAAAAAAGUCUAAAAACCUGUUUUUGCUUUGUCAUUAUGGUGUAUUGUGUGUAGAUUGAUGAGGUGAAAAAAAACAAUUUAAUCAAUUUUAGAAUAAGGCUGUAACGUAACAAAAUGUGGAAAAAGUCAAGGAGUCUGAAUACUUUCCGAAGGCGCUGUAUAUCUUGUCAAGGUGGAAGUCUUCUAUCUUGACACAGACAAACUGUUCAACUUUUAUAACUGGAUACAUGAUGUCUAACCACCUGUCCAAGUACAUCACUGGGACCAUGCUCCCACCCAUCCACGAUCAACUCAAAAUGGUGCCUGAGGAAGGCCCACAGCAUCAUCAAAGACCCCGCACACCCCAGCCACGAGCUGUUCACUCUCUUACUGCCGGGCAGACUGUAUCAGAGCAUGAGGUCUGAUACCAACAGGCUCAGAGACAGUUUCUAUCUACAAGCCAUCAGACUGUUGAACACUUUAACUGGACUGGCCACCUGUUGUGAUUCUCUGCACCUUCGCACACAUGCACUCACUCACUCAUGCACAAACCCACACAGACACACACACACACACAGACACACACACACACACACACACACACACACACACACACACACACACACACACACACACAAACAUACACACACAUACACACACCAGUGCUUUUACCAGACUCUUAUUAUGAUUGCUAAAUACUGCACAAUUUAAACACUUGCCGCCUUCCCCAAAACACAUGUAAAAUGGGACUAUAAAUUGUGCCGUCCUGUAUUAUACUUAUGCUAAAAUAUUUAUUAUAUUCUACUGAGCCAUUUAGUUUAUGUUCGUAUUCUUAUCUUUUAUUAUUUCUUAUUGUUGUUGCAUUGUCGAGAAGGAUCCUGCAAGUAUGCAUUUCGUUGGACGGUGUAUACCAUGUGUACCCUGUAAAACUUGAAACUUGAAACACUGUUCCUUUGUCUGAAUCAUUUAAUCUGACACCACUCCUGCAUGGAGCUAAAGAAGACAUUAAGCUACACUCCAUAUAGUCUCAGACACUGGGGCUUACGCACACCCCCCCCUCUAACCAGGGUGUGUGUUCAUGAUGAGCUGCAGUGCAGAUGGCUGUCUCCCUGAGCUGCAUGCAGGUGUGUGUCUUUUUCUGCCAUUAGAAAACCCUCCUCUGAUUUUUUUAUCCUGUCAUCAGUCAAACACACAUUUACACACAUUGCUGCGGUAUUGUGUGUGUGUGUGUGUGUAUGUGUGUGUGUAUGUGUGUGUGUGUGUCAGGCGGGAGACGGGUGCACGUGGAGAAAGUGAAGAGAGAGUAAUCUGGAAGCAAGAUGCUCAUAUUGACAAAUCCUCUUAUCCCCUUUCUCCUCACACAGACACACACACACACACAUGCACACACACACACACACACACACACACACACACACACACACACACACACAUGCACACACACACAGGCACAUGCACACACACUUACUCGUAAGUAAUCCUUUUGUCUGUUUCAGUUGAAGCAUGACUUUGGACGUACUUUUACUUUAUGAUUGACAUCAAGUUGAUAUUGGUGCGUGUGUGUGUGCGUGUGUGUGUGUAUGUUUGUGUGUCCACAGCACAGAAGUGGAUGUACGUGAGCCUGGAGAGUAAUGUGUUUCUCCAGUACCUGGCCUGGGUCUCCUACCCUGUGCUGCUCAUCACCUUCUCAGCUGGCUUCACACAGAUACUGGCCCCACAGGCUGCAGGUAAGACACACACUCACACACACACACACACACACAUAUACUGACCAUAGCAUACCCACACUAACCCCCUCUCCCCCUCCCUCUCUAGGUUCAGGUAUCCCAGAGAUAAAGACCAUUCUGAGGGGUGUAGUGCUGAAAGAAUACCUCACCUUUAAAACCUUUGUGGCCAAAGUCAUCGGCCUCAUCUGUUCCCUGGGCAGUGGCAUGCCUCUGGGCAAGGAGGUAACACACACACACACUCUCUACACACACACACUCUCUACAUUUACAUUUACAUUUUAGUCUCUACACACAGUACACACACACACACACUCUCUAUACACACAGUACACGUACACACACGCUCUACACACAGUAUACACACACACACUCUCUACACACAGUACACACACACACACACACACACACAACACACACACACACACACACACACACACACACACACACACACACUCCUACACACACUACACACACACACACACACACAUACACACAUACACUCUACACACAGUACACCACACACUCUACACACAGUACACACACACACACACACAACACUCUUCUCACAGUCAGGCUUGUGCGGGUGUUGGUAGUAUUCACAUCUUGUGUGGGUAGUUGUCACAUGUUGCUGCCAGUACAGUCUGUUCCAGUAGUUAUGCAGACACACAUUCCAUUUGACAGCCAGAAGAUGCAAUCUGGCUUGAAGACUCCUAAAAUCAAUCAAUAUAUCUGUGAUUCAUAGGACAAGGGGUUCUGACAGUGAAGCACACACACAGAGGGUUGUGGUUACACGUGUCAUGUGUCCCUGUCAUACAGUCACACACGUUGCACUCAGGCCACCCUGCUGGUCACAGUGGAGAGAGAGGACAGGGGAGGGGGAUAAGGAAGGAGGACAGGGGAGGGGGAUAAGGAAGGAGGACAGGGGAGGGGGAUAAGGAAGGAGGACAGGGGAGGGGGUAUACUGAUGAAGGGAGGGGAUAGUUUGUACUUGAGGGGAGGGAUAAGUGGGGUUAGGCAGUGGGAUGGGGUAUAUGGGAGGACGGGAGGGGAUUAGUAGAGGAUAGUGAGAGGUUUAGGUGUAUGGAAGGGGAAGAAAAUGAGAUAAUUUUAAUCUGCUGAGGAAGGUCUUGAAAAAUCAGAGAUUAGUCAAUGAUACACUGGAGGAGAGAAGAGGUAUAGGAACACACAUGUUUCUGAGAAGAGUGUGUGUCUGUGUGUGUGUACAUGUGAGAUGUGUGUGCGAGCAUUAGUUAUACUGUAUCAGACAAUUAAUGCAUUAAACCAAUUGCAUUCACAGGUGAACCUGCUCUCCUGAGAGGGAUAGGAUGAUUGUGCUUGGGUUAAAUUAACAUCAAAAAUAUUACAGUGCACAUAGGGUGCAUCCUCCCCCAGCUUCUCUCCCUCUAGACAUUAACACUUCAGCUCCAUUUAAAGUUUUCUACUCCGCUCAGCUCUGUUUUGGCAUCAAUUACAGAUGCUCAGCAUUGACUUCAGCAGCAGGGUUCAGGCUAUGAAUGAAAGUGAAAACAGUGAGGGAAACAUUUUUACAUUUGAUAGUUUAGUCAUUUAUCAGACGCUCUUAUUCAGGGAGACUUACAGUAAGUAGUGAGUGCAUACAUUUUGGAUCUAAAAAGAAUGGAGACCUCUCCCUCCUUUCCGAGUGUUUGAAAGGUGGAGAGAGAGACACAGAGAGAGAGGUCAUAAAUUAGUGUGAAAACAGGGAGGGAAACAGAGGUAAAGAAAGAGAUUGGACACCUUUCCUCCUCUCUGAGAGUUAAAAAACAUGGAGAAAGAGAGAGAGAGGACCCCCGCAGAGAGGACCUACACCCAGACCACAGCACCAUCAGCGACAUCUACACUCCCCCCCAAGUCAACCAUGCCCACACCCCAUUUAGGCCCCCUCAGAUCAGACCUAUGCCCCUCCUACCCACCCCAAGCCCCCCAUUCCCACAAAGAGGGCCUCAACAUGAAAGUCACACAUACGCCCAGGCCGUGAGCAGGCAAACAGGCCCAACACCCACUCUUACACUAGCCCAAGCCAAUGGCAUGUACCAGAUGCUCAGCAGGCUCUGCUCACAAUUACUGGCCUGAGGCCAAACUAUACAACCAACAACAUUAGACACUUUAUGGAACACAAAGCCUUCACUAUUUCAUCCUGGAAUAUCCAAGGCCUGAGGUCAUCUGCCUUUGGCCUAAAGAGCAGGAAUCUGGACUUCACCAAAGAAAUCGGAAAUACAGACAUUGUCAUCCUACAAGAAACAUGGUAUAGAGGAGACGGACCCACUGGUUGCCCUCUAGGUUACAGAGAGCUGGUAGUCCCAUCCACCAAACUACCAGGUGUGAAACAGGGAAGGGACUCAGGGGGUAUGCUAAUUUGGUAGACCUAACUCACUCUAUUAAAUUAAUCAAAACAGGAACAUUUUACAUUUGGUUAGAAAUUCAAAAGGAAAUGAUCUCAACAGAGAAAAAUGUCCUCCUGUGUGCUACCUAUAUCCCCCCUGUAGAAUCCCCAUACUUUAAUGAAGACAGCUUCUCCAUCCUGGAGGGGGAAGACUGUGGCGACCUAAAUGCCAGAGCUGGACAAGAACCUGACACCCUCAGCACACAGGGGGACAAACACCUACCUGGAGGUGACAGCAUUCCUUCCCCCAUAUGCCCCCCUAGGCACAAAUAUGACAACAUAACCAACAAGAACGGGUCACGACUCCUGCAGCUCUGUCGCACACUGGGUAUGUACAUAGUCAAUAGUAGGCUUCGAGGGGACUCCUAUGGUAGGUACACCUAUAGCUCAUCUCUUGGCAGUAGUACUGUAGACUACUUUAUCACUGACCUCAACCCAGAGUCUCUCAGAGCGUUCACAGUCAGCCCACUGACACCCCUAUCAGACCACAGCAAAAUCACAGUCUACAUGAACAGAGCAAUACUCAAUCAUGAGGCAUCAAAGCCAAAGGAACUGAAUAAUAUUAAGAAAUGCUAUAGAUGGAAGGAAAGUAGUGUUGAAACCUACCAAAAAACAAUUAGGCAACAACAAAUUAAAUCCAUUCUAGACAACUUCCCGGACAAAACGUUCCAGUAUAUUUGACCUCUCAGCUUCACUAUCAAAUCUAUCAAAUCUAAAAAUCCAUAACAGAAAACCGAAGAAAAGUAACAACAGUGAUAAAUGGUUUGAUGAAGAAUGCAAAAACCUAAGAAAGAAAUUGAGAAACCUAUCCAACCAAAAACAUAGAGACCCAGAAAACCUGAGCCUAUGGUGAAUCACUAAAACAAUACUGAAAUACACUACGGAAAAAGAAGGAGCAGCAUGUCAGAAAUCAGCUCAAUGUAAUUGAAGAAUCCAUAGACUCUAACCACUUCUGGGAAAAUUGGAAAACACUAAACAAACAACAACAUGAAGAGCUGUCUAUCCAAAACGGAGAUGUAUGGGUAAACCACUUCUCCAAUAUUUUUUGGCCCUAUUACAGAGAACAAACAGCAAAAAAAUAUACAUGAUCAAAUGCAAAUCUUAGAAUCAACUAUUAAAGACUUCCAGAACCCACUGGAUUCUCCAAUUACAUUGAAUGAACUACAGGACAAAAUACAAACCCUCCAACCCAAAAAGGCCUGUGGUGUUGAUGGUAUCCUCAAUGAAAUGAUCAAAUAUACAGACCACAAAUUUCAAUUAGCUAUACUUAAACUCUUUAACAUCAUCCUUAGCUCUGGCAUCUUCCCCAAUAUUUGGAACCAAGGAUUGAUCAGCCCAAUCCACAAAAGUGGAGACAAAUUUGACCCCAAUAACUACUAUGGGAUAUGUGUCAACAGCAACCUUGGGAAAAUCCUCUGCAUUAUCAUUAACAGCAGACUAGUUCAUUUCCUCAGUGAAAACAAUGUACUGAGCAAAUGUCAAAUUGGCUUUUUACCAAAUUACCGUACGACAGACCACGUAUUCACCCUGCACACCCUAAUUGACAAACAAACAAACCAAAACAAAGGCAAAGUCUUCUCAUGCUUUGUUGAUUUCAAAAAAGCUUUUGACUCAAUUUGGCAUGAGGGUCUGCUAUACAAAUUGAUGGCAGUGGGGUUUGGGGAAAAACAUAUGACAUUAUAAAAUCCAUGUACACAAACAACAAGUGUGCGGUUAAAAUUGGCAAAAAACACACACAUUUCUUUCGACAGGGCCGUGGGGUGAGACAGGGCUGCAGUUUAAGCCCCAUCCUCUUCACAUAUAUAUCAACGAAUUGGCGAGGGCACUAGAACAGUCUGCAGCACCCGGCCUCACCCUACUAGAAUCUGAUGUCAAAUGUCUACUGUUUGCUGAUGAUCUGGUGCUUCUGUCACCAACCAAGGAGGGCCUACAGCAGCACCUAGAUCUUCUGCACAGAUUCUGUCAGACCUGGGCCCUGACAGUAAAUCUCAGUAAGACAAAAAUAAUGGUGUUCCAAAAAAGGUCCAGUUGCCAGGACCACAAAUACAAAUUCCAUCUAGACACCGUUGCCCUAGAGCACACAAAUAACUAUACAUACCUCUGCCUAAACAUCAGCGCCACAGGUAACUUCCACAAAGCUGUGAACGAUCUGAGAGACAAGGCAAGAAGGGCCUUCUAUGCCAUCAAAAGGAACAUAAAAUUCAACAUACCAAUUAGGAUCUGGCUAAAAAUACUUGAAUCAGUUAUAGAACCCAUUGCCCUUUAUGGCUGUGAGGUCUGGGGUCCGCUCACCAACCAAGAAUUCACAAAAUGGGACAAACACCAAAUUGAGACUCUGCAUGCAGAAUUCUGCAAAAACAUCCUCCGUGUACAACGUAAAACACCAAAUAAUGCAUGCAGAGCAGAAUUAGGCCAAAACCCGCUAAUUAUCAAAAUCCAGAAAAGAGCCGUUAAAUUCUAUAACCACUUAAAAGGAAGCGAUUCCCAAACCUUCCAUAACAAAGCCAUCACCUACAUUUUUACAUUUUACAUUUUAGUCAUUUAGCAGACGCUCUUAACCAGAGCGACUUACAGGAGCAAUUAGGGUUAAGUGCCUUGCUCAAGGGCACAUUAACGUCAUUUAGCAGACGCUCUUAGCCAGAGCGACUCACAAAUUGGUGCGUUCACCCUAUAGCCAGUGGGAUAACCACUUUACAAUUUGGGGGGGGGUUAGAAGGAAUACUUUAUCCUAUCCCAGGUAUUCCUUAAAGAGGUGGGGUUUCAAAUGUCUCCGGAAGGUGGUGAGUGACUCCGCUGUCCUGGCGUCGUGAGGGAGCUUGUUCCACCAUUGGGGUGCCAGAGCAGCGAACAGUUUUGGACUGGGCUGAGCGGGAGCUAUGCUUCCGCAGAGGAAGGGGAGCCAGCAGGCCAGAGGUGGAUGAACGCAAUGUCCUCGUUUGGGUGUAGGGACUGAUCAGAGCCUGAAGGUACAGAGGUGCCGUUCCCCUCACUGCUCCAUAGGCAAGCACCAUGGUCUUGUAGCGGAUGCGAGCUUCAACUGGAAGCCAGUGGAGUGUGCGGAGGAGGGGGGUGACGUGAGAGAACUUGGGAAGGUUGAACACCAGACGGGCUGCGGCAUUCUGGAUGAGUUGUAGGGGUUUAAUGGCACAGGCAGGGAGCCCAGCCAACAGCGAGUUGCAGUAGUCCAGACGGGAGAUGACAAGUGCCUGGACCAGGACCUGCGCCGCUUCCUGUGUAAGGCAGGGUCGCACUCUCCGAAUGUUGUAGAGCAUGAACCUGCAGGAGCGGGUCACCGCCUUGAUGUUGGCGGAGAACGACAGGGUGUUGUCCAGGGUCACGCCUAGGCUCUUCGCACUCUGGGAGGAGGACACAGCGGAGUUGUCAACCGUGAUGGCGAGAUCAUGGAACGGGCAGUCCUUCCCCGGGAGGAAGAGCAGCUCCGUCUUGCCAGGGUUCAGCUUGAGGUGGUGAUCCGUCAUCCAUACUGAUAUGUCUGCCAGACAUGCAGAGAUGCGAUUCGCCACCUGGUUAUCAGAAGGGGGAAAGGAGAAGAUUAGUUGUGUAUCGUCAGCGUAGCAAUGAUAGGAGAGACCAUGUGAGGAUAUGACAGAGCCAAGUGACUUGGUGUAUAGGGAGAAAAGGAGAGGGCCCAGAACCGAUCCCUGGGGGACACCAGUGGUGAGAGCACGUGGUGCGGAGACAGCUUCCCGCCACGCCACUUGGUAGGAGCGACCGGUCAGGUAGGACGCAAUCCAGGAGUGAGCCGCGCCGGAGAUGCCCAUCUCGGAGAGGGUGGAGAGGAGGAUCUGAUGGUUCACAGUAUCAAAGGCAGCAGACAGGUCUAGAAGGACAAGAGCAGAGGAGAGAGAGUUAGCUUUAGCAGUGCGGAGAGUCUCCGUGACACAGAGAAGAGCAGUCUCAGUUGAAUGACCAGUCCUGAAACCUGAUUGGUUUGGAUCAAGAAGGUCAUUCUGAGAGAGAUAGCAAGAGAGUUGGCUAAAGACGGCACGCUCAAUAGUUUUGGAAAGAAAAGAAAGAAGGGAUACUGGUCUGUAGUUGUUGACAUCAGUGGGGUCGAGUGUUGGUUUUUUGAGAAGGGGAGCAGAGAGAUGAACCUACAGAGAGAUGAACUUGGAGAAGAGUCCCUAAGUAAGCUGGUCCUGGGGCUCUGUUCACAAACACAAACAGACCUCACAGAGCCCCAAGACAACAACAACAACAACAACACAAUUAGACCCAACCAAAUCAUGAGAAAACAAAAAGAGAAUCACUUGACACAUUGGAAAGAACAAACAAAAAAACAGAGCAAACUAGAAUGCUAUUUGGCCCUAAACAGAGAGUACACAGUGGCAGAAUACCUGACCACUGUGACUGACCCAAACUUAAGGAAAGCUUUGACUAUGUACAGACUCAGUGAGCAUAGCCUUGCUAUUGAGAAAGGCCGCACGUAGGCAGACCUGGCUCUCAAGAGAAGACAGGCUAUGUGCACACUGCCCACAAAAUGAGGUGGAAACUGAGCUGCACUUCCUAACCUCCUGCCAAAUUUAUGACCAUAUUAGAGACACAUAUUUCCCUCAGAUUACAGCAAUCCACAAAGAAUUCGAAAACAAACCCAAUUUUGAUAAACUCCCUUAUCUACUGGGUGAAAAACCACAGUGUGCCAUCACAGCAGCAGAUUUUGUGAGAUGUUGCCACAAGAAAAAGGGCACCCAGUGAAGAACAAACACCAUUGUAAUACAAGACAAAACCCAUAUUUAUGUUUGAUUUUAUUUUCCCAUUUGUACUUUAAAUAUUUGCACAUUGUUACCAACACUGUCUAUAUACAUAAUAUGACAUUUUAAAUGUCUUUAUUGUUUUGGAAACCUUCUGAGUGUAAUGUUUUACUGUUAAUAUUUAUGGUUUAUUUCAUUUUGGUUUACUCUCUACUUCCACUUGCUUUGGCAACUGUUUAACCAUACGUUCCCAUGCCCAAAAGUCCCUUACAUUGAAUUGCAACUUGAAUUGAAUUGCGAGAAGCAGAGAGAGAGAGACGACUCCGAGAGAAGAGAGAGAGCGAGCGACAGAGAGCUACAGAGCAGAGCAGAGAGCGAGACGAGAGCGAGAGAGAGAGAAGAGAGAGAGAAGAGAGAGAGAGACAGUUGUAUUGGGGAGAUGUUUAGCUUCUCAACACCAGGAGUAGGUUAGUCUGUUGGGGGGUGUCACACUACAUUGACCCUUUUGGCAAAAUUUGACUCGUUUUUAUUCAGUAUGAGUGAAACUGAAGUUAAAGUGUGAUGUGUUUUUUUUUAUACCAAGUGUUUUAGGAAAUCAUUCACAAGUCAUUCUCUCUCCCUCUCUAGAGUCCGUUUGUUCACAUUGCCAGUCUGGGUGCUGCACUCCUCUGCAAGUUCAUGUCUCUGUUUGGAGGAAUAUAUGAGGUAAACCACACCUGGACACACACAUGUUACCACAUUGUUACACUAUACUUGCCUCUGUUGCUAUUUCACUUCCAUACCCUAACUUUUUUCACGGUACUCUCCCUUUUAAACCUCACAUUUAAACCACAGUACCACCACAGUAUAUCUUAUCACUAUAUCUAUCCAUUAUCUAGUGUAGCCACUGAUCAUGCAGUCAAACCAACUCCACUAUGGUUGAGAUACCAUAGUAAUUCACUGAACAGACUCCCCUCUCCCUUAAGACAGAAAUGUAGGUUAGUUGUGUGUGCUUGCGUGUGUGUUUUUGAAGGGACGGCGGCCGGGGGCCUAUGAGAGUUUGUGGUCGCGCAUGCCGAUUGGUUUUGGCACUAAAGCUUUUGUUUGCGAUUCCACAUUAAUUACUCUUCCAUCCAUGCAUUUGUUCAUUCAAAUAUUACCUACAAAGUGAUCAUGUUUAGGAAUAAACACUUUGGCGCUCAAGCUAAUUGGAGAGGGGUUCUUCAUAUUUCCUUGUUGUGACAGGCAAACGGAGGUGCGUUGGAGAGCGCAAUUUUUUAACUGUUCAUGCCAACCUGUUGAUGUGAAAUUGUAUAUUCCUUGGUGAAAUGCAUUAGCCCAACCUUCCCCUGUCACAAUAGCUAUGACAGGGGUAGGUUGGGCUAUACUCAGUUGGUAGAGCAUGGCGUUUGCAACUUCAGGGUUGUGGGUUCGAUUCCCACGGGGGGGCCAGUAUGAAAAAAUAAAAAUAAUGUAUGCACUAACUGUAAGUCGCUCUGGAUAAGAGCGUCUGCUAAAUUACGAAAAAAUAAUAAUAAUUGAAAACUGAUUGGGGCAUAGUUACUUUGAUCAUGUCCUGUGUGUUUCUGAGUAAUGUGUGUGUGUGUGUUUGUGCGUGCCUAUGCGUGUAUGUGUUAGGGCUGCUGUUCAGUAUUGAGGCAUGCUAAUUGCUAUCAGUCAUUACUGAGGCCUGCCCUGGGGGAGGUCAGUGGGCUGACUUAUUGAUUUAAAUCCAGUUACAAUUGCUCUUCGUCCUGUUUAUUAUUUUGUAAAUAAUGUAGUAGCCUACUUUUGGUGCUUAUUUAUUUCCCAUUUUUGCACAUAAAAGCCCUUGCCUUGGACAGAAAAACGUAACAUCUUUGUCUGCCUCCUUCUACACUGCUAGUCCUACAUCCAUCCUGACAACGGCCUAGCCUACCUCACAGGCUGUGUGUGUGUGUGUGUGUGUGUGUGUGUGUGUGUGUAUGUGUGUGUCUGUAAAUGUAAACACACCUCUCCCUAUGUGUUUACAGAAUGAGUCGAGGAACAUUGAGCUGUUGUCAGUUGCCUGCGCUGUGGGGGUGAGCUGUGUUUUCGCUGCCCCUGUAGGAGGUGAGCAGCACCAACAUAACACUCACUGAAUGAUACACUGGCUGGUUCGGAGAUUGUAAGGUUUACUCCACUGCGCCACUCUCCCGAGUGGCGCGGUGGUCUAAGGCACUGCAUCGCAGUGCUAGCUGUGCCACUAGAGAUCCUGGUUCGAAUCCAGGCUCUGUCGUAGCCGGCCGCGACCGGGAGACCCAUGGGGCGGCGCACAAUUGGCCCAGCGUCGUCCAGGGUAGGGGAGGGAAUGGCCGGUAGGGAUGUAGCUCAGUUGCAACGUCAGGGUUGUGGGUUCGAUUCCCACGGGGGGCCAGUAUGAAAAAAUAAAAAUAAUGUAUGCACUAACUGUAAGUCGCUCUGGAUAAGAGCGUCUGCUAAAUUACGAAAAAAAAAAAAUUUGAAAACUGAUUGGGGCAUAGUUACUUUGAUCAUGUCCUGUGUGUUUCUGAGUAAUGUGUGUGUGUGUGUUUGUGCGUGUGUAUGUGUGUGUGCCUAUGCGUGUAUGUGUUAGGGCUGCUGUUCAGUAUUGAGGCAAUGUCUACGUUCUUCGCUGUGAGGAACUACUGGAGAGGGUUCUUCGCAGCUACAGUCACUGCCUUCAUGUACAGAAUCCUGGCCGUGUGGAACAGAGAAGAGGGUAAGACAGGUCAUUCCCAGAACAUUAGCUAAGAUUCUCAUUAAGUUAUAGUUAGGGUUUUAUCUAACAUUAGGAUGAGAAAACAUUCCAAUAAUGUUUUUGAUAACCAAAUGUUAAUUUUUUAAAAAUAUGUUUUAAAUGAAAUAUCCUUGGAAUUUUCUCAUAACGUUCACUAAAAUGUUGUGCACAACAUCUGUAACAACCACCGCAGAACAUUCCCCAAACGUUCUCAUUAGGUUUCCAGGUAAUGUAAUAACACAAUGUACAAGUAAUGCUUUUAGAACGUACUGCCACAGCAAAAUGUGAGAGCAAUAGAAAUGGUUCUGAGAAUAUAUUACGGGAACGUUCUGCUAAUGUUGAAGGAGAUGUUAUUAAAAACAUGCAUAACAACAAGCAGGGAAUAUUCCCACAAUGCUUUCAUGAAGUUACAGUGUGACAUUAUGACAUGAUUAUUCCAAUAACAUGACUGGAAUAUUUCGCUAACAUUAAUGGAUAUCCGAGACACCUAUCCAGGCAUAGGAUCUUAAUUUGACCAGUUUCUCACAGCAGAAAAAAAAUCUGUGGAUUAUAAUUAAUGGACAUUUUGGUAUGGGUUGAUACAUUUUGCAUUAGGGAAAAUCAAGUCUGACGUUUUAAAGUGGAAACUUUAGAAGCAUUUUUAAACCUUGAAUACACUACAUGUUUUCAUUUCCUGCAGUGCAGGCAAAUUUCUCCUGCAACAGGGUGGUCAAAUUAAGAUCCUGUAUAAGCCUAACAACCAAUGAUGUGUAUUGAUAACAACAAACAGCCCAGCAAACCGGGAACAUUCCCAGAACAUUAGCUAACAUUCCCAUUAAGUUCUAGUUAGGGUUUGAGCUAACAUUAGGAUGAUAACGUCCCACAAACAUUCAAAUAAUAUUUUUGAUUACCAAAUAUUUUUUUCUUAGAAAAUGUUUUGAAUGAAAUAUUAUUGGAAUGUUCUCCUAACAGUCACUAAAAUGUUGUUCACAACAUCUGUAAAAACUAUCACAGAACAUUUUCCUAAGGUUCUCGUGAGGUUGCCAGGUUAUGUAAUAACACAAUGUUCCGGUAAUAUUCUUAGAACAUACUGCCGCAACAAAAUGUGGGAGCAAUAGAAGUGGUUCUGAGGAAACAUUAAAGGAACGUUCUGCUAAUGUUGAUGGAUAUGUUAUUCAAAGCACCCAUAACAACAAGCAGGGAAUAUUCCUACAAUGGUAUCAUAAAGUUAUAGUGUGACAUUAUGACAUGAUGGUUCAAAUAAUGUUCCCUGAACAUACUUCAGCAACAAAAUGUUGGAGAAAUAUAAGUUGUUCUAAAAAAACAUUCCAAGAAUAUUCAGUUAAUGUUGAUGGAGACAUUGCUACUUACACCUAUAACAACAAACAAGAAACAUUCCUGCGAGACUCUUAUGCAAUUAUUCUGUAAGGUUAUGACAUGAUGAUCCAGAAUUGUUCUAAAAACAAACUUCAACGAUAAUGGAAGUAUUUCUGAAAACAUUGCUACAAUGUUCUGCUUACAGUGCAUUCGGAAAGUAUCCAGACCCCUUGACUUUUCCACAUUUUGUUACGUUACAGCCUUAUUCUAAAAUGUAUAUAUAUUUUUAAAAAUCAUCAUCAAUACCUCAUAAUGACAAAGCAAAACAAGUUUUUUUUACAUUUUUGCAAAUGUUUUACAAAUAAAGACUGAAAUAUUAUAUUUACAUAAUUAUUCAGACCCUUUACUCAGUAGUUCGGCAGCGAUUACAGCCUUGAGUCUUCUUGGGUAUGACGCUACAAGCUUGGCACAUCCUCCCGAGUGGCGCUGUGCCACUAGAGAUCCUGGUUCGAAUCCAGGCUCUGUCGUAGCCGGCCGCGACCAGGAGACCCAUAGGGCGGUGCACAAUUGGCCCAGCGUCGUCCAGGGUAGGGGAGGGAAUGGCCGGCAGGGAUGUAGCUCAGUUGGUAGAGCAUGGCGUUUGCAACGCCAGGGUUGUGGGUUUGUUUCCCACGGGGGGCCAGUAUGAAAAAAAAUUAAUUAUAAUAAUAAAACUUUAAAAUAAUAAAUGUAUGCACUCAAUAACUGUAAGUCGCUCUGGAUAAGAGCGUCUGCUAAAUGACAAAAAUGUAAAUGUAUUUGGGGAGUUUCUCCCAUUCUUCUCUGCAGAUCCUCUCAAGCUCUGUCAGGUUGCAUGGGGAUCGUUGCUGCACAGCUAUUUUCAGGUCUCUCCAGAGAUGUUCGAUCGGGUUCAAGUCCGGGCUCUGGCUGGGCCACUCAAGGACAUUCAGAGACUUGUCCCAAAGCCACUCCUGUGUUGUCUUGGCUAUAAUUCCAUUGUGGGACGACACUGUAAGCUGCACCCCAGUAAGCACGGACCGACACCGACGUCUUUUGGUUGUCUUUUUUUGGUCCAGUCCGGACCAGCCUUGACUUCCACGUCCACAGACAUAGAUUUUUGGUCCGGUGAAGGCCAAUCAUAGACGUCUAUGUUUGGUUCAGAUUUGGUCCGGUCUGGGCUAUGUGUUGUCUUGGCUAUGUGCUUAGGGUCGUUGUCCUGUUGGAAGGUAAACCUUCGCCCCAGUUUGAGAUCCUGAGCGCUCUGUAGCAAGUUUUCAUCAAGGAUCUCUCUGUACUUUGCUCCAUUAAUCUUCCCCUCGAUCCUGACUAGUCUCCCAGUCCCUGCCGCUGAAAAACAUCCCCACAGCAUGAUGCUGCCACCACCAUGUUUCACCAUAGGGAUGGUGCCAGGUUUCCUCCAGACGUGAUGCUUGGCAGUAAGGCCAAAGAGUUCAAUCUUGGUUUCAUCAGGCGAGCUGAUCAUUGUGAAAAAGAAAAUAGCGUACUUCUGUAUUUCCCGCUGUGUAAACACAUUUAUUUUCAUUGCAAAUAGGAUCAGGAUAACUCUUGAUAAAGUUGGGUAGCUAAUAUUCAGAGCUUAAAUAGCCAAAUUGAUUAGUCACAGGAAUCAGGACUAAUAAAGCCAAUGCAACUGCCUGUUUUAUAAAUGUUAGGCCUACCGCAUAGAUUCAUACAAUUCCAUUGCGGCCGACACUGUAGGCUACACCCCAGUAAGCACGGACCGACGCCAAUGUCUUUUCUUGGUCCUUUCCGGAAAGUCUGUCUUUUUUUGCUGUUUUACAAACGGUAGGCCUACCACAUGGAUGGACAUUCAUAAAAUUCCAUUGCGGGACGACACUGUAAGCUGCACCCCAGUAAGCACGGACCGACACCGACGUCUUUUGGUUGUCUUUUUUUGGUCCAGUCCGGACCAGCCUUGACUUCCACAUCCACAGACAUAGAUUUUUGGUCCGGUGAAGGCCAAUCAUAGAUGUCUAUGUUUGGUUCAGAUUUGGUCCGGUCUGGACCAGCCUUGAUUUGGCCCAAACAUAGACGUCAAUAAAUGACCUAAUUUCAACUUUCAUUCAGAACCGAAAAUGAACCUGAUUUCAACGUCUGGAAAAAAGUAUUUUCAAUGUCCGGAAAUUACGCAUUUUCAACAUCCGGAAAGAACGCCUUUUCAACUUUCAUUCAGAACCGAAAAUGAACCAGAUUUCAAUGUCCAGAAAAGACAUAUUUUUCAAUGUCCGGAAAAAAACGUAUUUUCAACGUCCGGAAAGAACGCCUUUUCAACUUUCAUUCAGAACCGAAAAUUAACCUAAUUUCAAUGUCCAGAAAAUACAUAUUUUCAACGUCCGGUAAAUACAUAUUUUAAACAUCUGGAAAAUACAUGUUUUCACCUUUCACAGAACCUAAAAUGAACCUAACUUCAACGUCUAGAAAAUACAUAUUUUAGAUGUUUUUUUAAUAUAAUUUUGAUUACUAGGAUUACUUUUCUAGUUUUUCUGGGAUAUAGGAGGAAGGUGGCAAUUUUCUUCUCUCACCUAGGGCGGAAGAACGGCCCAGGACUGGACCUGUAUGUGCAUUUAUGUGUCAGACCACGCCCACAUUAAUAUUUACUAGUCAAUGUUGUCUGGUCUGACCGCCCCCGCUCCCAACUGCAGCAUGAAAAAUGUGGACCGCGCCGCAAUGAUCUCUGUCGGGACCCGCAGUGAUACAGCCAAUCAAGAUGCUCUCAAUGGUGCAGCUGUAUAACUUUCUAAGGAUCUGAGGGACCAUGCCAAAUCUUUUCAACCUUAUGAGGUUGAAUAGGCACUGUUGCGCCUUCUUCACGACUGUGCUGGUGGGAGAGGACCAUGUUUAGUCCUUGGUGAUGUGGACACUGAGGAACUUGAAGCUCUCAACCUGCUCCACUAUAGCCCCGUCGAUGAUGAUGGGGGCGUGCUCGCACCAUCUGUUUUCUGUAGUCCACGAUCAGCUCCUUUGUCUUGCUGACGUUAAGGGAGAUGUUGUAGUAGUAGUAGUAGUAGUAGUAGUAUAAUAUGUCUUAGAACAUAUGCGCAUCUAUGUACAUCUCACCGCAAUCUGCCAGGCAGUACUUUUACAUGAUUUCUGAAAUCAAGUUUGUAGGGAAAAUAAAAGUCAAAAAAUCCCAACAGUACAGUAUACACUCAGUGGGCAGUUUAUUGGGUACACGAAAAUGGUUCACUCCUACAGACGUGGCCGUGGCUUGCAGGCAGACAGGCAUUGAGGCAUUCAGUUACUGUUCGAUUGAUCGUUAGAAUGGGCAAAACGAGUAACCUAAGCGACUUUGAGCGUGGUAUGAUCGUCGGUGCCAGGUCGGCCUCCCGUGCUUUUCACGCCUGACAACGUAAAGGGUUUAUAGAGAAUGGUGCGAACAACAAAGAACAUCCAGUCAGCGGCAGUCCUGGUGGCGAAAACAGCUCGUUGAUGAGAGGUCAAAGGAGAAAGGCAAGAAUUGUGCAAGCUAACAGGCGGGUUACAAACUGGCAAAUAACGGCGCAUUACAACAGUGCUGUGCAAAACGGCAUCUCGGAACGCAAAACUCGUCGAUCCUCGCCGACCACACCGGGCUCCACUCCUAUCGUUAAAAACAAGAAGAAGUGCCUCCAGUGGGCACACAAUCACCAACACUAGACAACUGAGGAGUGGACAAACAUCGCCUGGUCCAACGAAUCCCAGUUCCUGUUGCAUCAUGCUGAUGGCAGAGUCAGGAUUUGGCGUAAGUAGCAUGAGUCCAUGGCACCAUCCUGCCUGGUGUCAACAGUAUAGGCUGGUGGCGGUGGUGUACUGGUGUGGGGAAUGUUUUCCUGGCACACGUUAGGUCCCUUGAUACCAACUGAGCAGCACUUCCAUGUCCCAAAGAAUUCAGUCUGUUCUGAAGGCAAGGAGGUUCCGACCCGGUACUAGAUGGGUGUACCUAAUAAACUGGUCACUGAGUGUAUAAAGAAGAUUUGGUAAAGUAAGAAAUAAUAGAGGAUUAUUCUUUUUUUGAUUUAGUUAUCCUCUCUUUUGCAAAGACAAAGACCACAAUCUGGAAGUCAGAAUAAAGGUGUAAAAAGCUUCAUAUUGGUGUCAGUCCCAUCCCAGUGGCACAGUGGAUUCAUUCAAGGGAUAACACUCCAAAGCUCCCAGGUUCGAUCUCCGCUUGCGACUAUCAACAAGAUACGGAAAAACUAUGUUUGUACAAUAAAUGUUAAAUAAAUUGUCAUGUGAUUCCACAUUUCUACAUGGUUUGUUGUACAACUAACUUUCUCAACAGUAAGAUAACACUAACACAAACCUCCAUGGACUUUAAAAAAUGUAAUUUAUCAUUUUGGGAACAUAGGAAUAACAUUCAAAGAACAUUGAGGGAAUGUUUUGUGCACGCACCCUGAUUCAAACAUUGCAAGUAUGCCAUCACAACUGGACAUAUUUUGUGUUUAGGGAACCUAUCUCUUGUCAUAUCCCCACAAUGUUCCCACAACCUAAAGACAUGUUUUAGGGGCUUUUAAAGAACAUACAAAAUGUGUUAUGGGAACAUUCUAGCAACAUCAGGCAAAUGUUUGUUCAACCUAAUAGAAACAUUGUAAUCAUCAGCACAACUGGACAGUUUUUGUGUUUUGGGAACAUAUCUCUUGUCAUGUCCUUACAGUGUUACCACAAACUAAAGAAAUGUGUAAGGAACUUUUAAUGAAAAUAACAAAUGUGGUUCCUGUAACAUCAGGUGAAUAUUUGUUGCACCCUAAAAUAAACAUGAUAUAAUCAUCUGGACAGUUGUUUAGUUUUGGGAACAUAUAUUUUGUGAUGUCCCCACAAUGAUCCCACCAGACUGUUCCCACAACCUAAUGAAACAUUUUGGGAACCUUUAAAGAACAGACAAAAUGUGUUCUGGUAACGUUCUUGCAUUGUCAGGCUAAUGGUUUAUACGAACAUUGUAUAAUCAUCAGCACAACUGGACAGUCUUUGUGUUAUGAGAACAUUUGCCGCAACAUAACAAAUGUUCUGGGAACUUUCACAGAAACAAUUUUGGUUUGCUGAGUAUACUGUAUAUUGCACUAAUCAAACAUUGAUGUAAAGUCUGUACUAUAGCCCAGUGUUUCUCUGGACCACAAGGGGAUCCAAGGGGUGCACGUUUUGGUUUUUGCCCUAGCACUACACAGCUGAUUCAAAAAAUCAAAGCUUGAUGAUUAGUUGAUUAUUUGAAUCAGCUGUGUAGUGCUAGGGCAAAAACCAAAACGUGCACCCAGGGGCGCCCCAGGACCGAGUUUGGGAAACACUGAGUCAUAGCCCUUUAAAAACAUUUUGAUAACGAUGAAUCACUCUAUUUCUCUAUCUGUCUCUCCAUCCCUCCGUCCUACACAGUGACCAUCACAGCUCUGAUACAAACCAAUUUCCGUCAGGACUUCCCCUUUCAUCUCCAGGAGCUCCCAGCCUUCGCUUUCAUUGGGUGAGUCUAAGUUGGCCUCAAUUAGCCAGUGAGCUCUUCGUUGCCUCUGUUAGCCAGUGAAUGCUGGUGUGAGGGUUCAGGACGAUAGCCUCCUGACGUUAGUCACCUAACAUGGAUGAUUCAGCCAGCGAGGUGGUGCAUUUAGAACGUCUUAUUUUAGCCUGCUGUUACCAUAGAAGCGUAGUCUCCGUGCUUACAACAGAACUGAAUAGGACCAGAGGCCCCCACCCCACCUCUCUCUCUCUAUUUCCAUCUCAGAUGAAAGAACAGCCUUGUGCUUUCCUGCGUGGGCUCCCAAAGAGAAGAAAAUCCCUCUCAUUUUUCUCCUAUUUCCUUCUUGUCUGGAGGAUGUCCUUCCACUCGGCAUCUGAGGAGUGGAGCUUUGACUCAUGAUCAAACAAAACAUUUGUCUUAUCACACUUCUAUAGGGAGAGAGAUAGAGAGAGAGAGUGUUUGUCUGUACGCACGCCCCUGCAUGUGUGUAUGUUGGUAUCCUCUCCCUCGCCAAUGCCUUGAUGUCUUAUGGGGAAAGUCAGUCAGUGUUUCAGUCAACUCUAACAGAGAGAGAGAGAGAGAGUGAAAUAUCAUCUAUUCAUCAUUUAUUCAGGAGUAUUUUACAUAUUUAAUUAUGCAGGAACAUGAAUUGAUGAGCAUUCAUAUACAGUACUUGGCUGUAACUGAGGGGGAACUUUGAGCUGGGCGAUAUGAACAAAAUCCAUAUCGUGAUAAAUGUAACUAUUUGCUCGAUAACAAUAAAUACAACGACAAACAAAAAAGUUGUAAUUUUAGCGGCAGGGCUAUAGACCCUUUUUUUCCCAGUGUCAAGUAGGAUAACUGCCACGGUAGCCUAUGAUUAAAAAAGUAUACUAUUUCAUCUAACAUAUCCAGGGAAUGCAUGAUUGAUAUUUUGAUGUGUAACCUGAUUUCUUUUUGGCUAUAUAGCCAUGUAGGCUCAUUGCUCAAUCUAUCAGUAAAUAUAGGCUAAUGUCCUACAAAAACGUUCCAGUUUGAUGUAGGCCAUUGCUAUUCACUGCAAAUGGCGUGCUCUGCUCUGCAAACGCAUCAAAACCAUACUACAGCCUACUAUGUAUUUUUCCCACAAUUGCAUUUUGAUCAGUGGUCAAACAGUGCAUUCGGAAAGUAUUCAGACCCCUUGACCUUUUCCACAUUUUGUUACGUUACAGCCUUGCUCUAAAAUAGGUUAAAUUGUUUUUUUCCCCUCAUCAUUCUACAUACAGUACCCCAUAAUGACAAAGCAAAAACAUAUUUUUUUAAAUUUAGCAAAUGUGUUAAAAAUAAAAAACUGAAAUAUCACAUUUACAUAAGCAUUUAGACCCUUUACUCAGUACUUUGUUGAAGCACCGUUGGAAGCGAUUACAGCCUUGAAUCUUCUUGGGUAAGAUGCUACAAGCUUGGCACACCUGUAUUUGGGGAGUUUCUCCCAUUCUUCUCUGCAGAUCCUCUCAAGAUCUGUCAGGUUGGAUGGGGAGCGUCGAUACACAGCUAUUUUCAGGUCUUUCCAGAGAUGUUUGAUCGGGUUCAAGUACGGGCUCUGGCUGGGCCACUCAAUGACAUUCAGAGACUUGUCCUGAAGCCACUCCUGUGUUGUCUUGGAACUAGUGGGUCGUUGUCUUGUUUGAAGGUGAACCUUCGCCCCAAUCUGAGGUCCUGAGCGCUCUGGAGCAGGUUUUCAUCAAGGAUCUCUCUGUACUUUGCUCCGUUCAUCUUUCCCUCGAUACUGACUAGUCUCCCAGUCCCUGCUGCUAAAAAACAUCCCAACAGCAUGAUGCUGCCACCACCAUGCUUCACCGUAGGGAUGGUGCCAGGUUUCCUCCAGACGUGACGCUUGGCAUUCAGGCCAAAGAGUUCAAUCUUGGUUUCAUCAGACCAGAGAAUCUUAUUUAUCAUGGUCUGAGAGUCCUUUAGUGCCUUUUUGGCAAACUCCAAGCGGGUUGUCAUGUGCCUUUUACUGAGGAGUGGCUUCCGUCUGGCCACUCUACCAUAAAGGCCUGAUUGAUGGAGUGCUGCAGAGAUGGUUGUCCUUCUGGAAGGUUCUCCCAUCUCCACAGAGGAACUCUAGAACUCUGUCAGACUGACCAUCGUGUUCUUGGUCACUUCACUGACCAAGGGCCUUCUCACCCGAUUGCUCAGUUUGGCUGGGCGGCCACCUUUAGGAAGUCUUGGUGGUUCCAAACUUCUUCCAUUUAAGAAUGAUGGAGGCCACUAUGUUCUUGGGGACCUUCAAUGCUGCAGAAAUGUUUUGGUACCCUUCCCCAGAUCUGUGCCUCGACACAAUCCUGUCUCGGAGCUCUACGGACAAUUCCUUCGACCUCAUGGCUUGGUUUUUGCUCUGACAUGCACUGUCAGCUGUGGGACCUUACAUAGACAGGUGUGUGCCUUUCCAAAUCAUGUCCAAUCAAUUGAAUUUACCACAGGUGGACUCCAAUCAAGUUGUAGAAACAUCUCAAGGAUGAUCAAUGGAAACAGGAUGCACCUGAGCACAAUUUUGAUUCUCAUAGCAAAGGGUCUGAAUACUUAUGUAAAUAUGUUUUUUAUUUUGAAUGCGUUUGCAAAAAUGUCUAAAAACAUGUUUUCGUGUUGUCAUUAUGGGGUAUUGUGUGUAGAUUGAGGAAAAUGUUGAAUUUAAUCCAAUUUAAAAAUGUGGAAAAAGGGACAGGGUCUGAAUGCUUUCUGAAUGCACUGUAUACUUGUGCAUCUCUCUCUCCUUGCACAGUGGGGAGAGGGAGUGAGAGUGGCUCGCUCACACAGCAGCCGACAGCGAAACAGGGACAGGCAGAUACUUUCAUAGCAGGAAUCAACAUAAUGCAUAGGCUAUUACUUUUGACCAAAUAAUGAUUUUAGAACAAUCUAAAGGAACGUUGUGUAGCAAAAUCACUGAGCAUUACAGACUUACGCAAAAUGCUUUGGUAAGAAGAAGGCAAUGCGGGUGUCAAUAAUUUUCGGUUUAUCGUCCCAGCUCUAGGCUCUGCGACCACUUGGUUUUGGUGGCUGGAGAAACUCUGCCUCUCUGUCCUACUGCCACUUACACAAAGUGGACACAUACUGGGUACUUACUUAAAACACAAGCUUAUAUAAACUGGUCUCUCUCUCUCUCUCUCUCUUUCUCCACCCGUCUUUUUCUCCUUUUAAUCUCUCCCUGUCCCUCCUCCCUCCACACUCCUCCAUCCCUCCCCCCUCCUCUCUCUCCACAGUAUUGCCAGUGGUUUUGGCGGGGCAUUGUUUGUCUUCCUGAACAGACUGAUAGUCCAGUUAAUCAGGAACCAGAAGACCAUCAAAAAGUUCCUCAUGAAGAAGUAAGUCAUUAACAUCAGACAGUGGCCCCUACUAGGUCCUAGAGAGAGUACCUGUAUCCCAGUGUCUCUCUCUCUCACACACACACACACACACACACACACACACACACACACACACACACACACACACACACACACACACACACACACACACACACACACACACACACACACACACAUAUUUAGCUCCAUUGAUGCAGAUCUCUCCACAGCAGAGAUAAAUGAAGACAUUCAUCUUGACAAGUGUUUAUUAAUGAAUGGUGUUUACUCAUCUCCCUACCAGAUGAAUUAACGAUCCUCUGACUUCAAAAUGUAUGUCAUGUUCUGUAUAUCACUCAGCCGUGGGAAGGGUUUGGGGACAGUUUGGUUAUGAAGAAUAAACAGUAAUGACUAAGCACCCUCUCUGCUCUCCCUCUCACCCUCCCUCCCUCCUCUCCCUCUCCCUCUCACCCUCAUUCCUCUCCCUUUCACCCUUUCACCCCUCCUUCCCUCUCUCUCUCCCCUCCCUCUCUCACCCACCCUCCCUCCCUCUCUCCCUCUCACCCUCCCUCCUUCCCUCUCUCUCUCCUCUCCCUCUCACUCUCCCUCCCUCCUCUCCCUCUCACCCUCCCCCCCUCUUCCUCUCACCCUCCCUCCUUCCCUCUCUCUCUCCUCUCCCUCUCACCCUCCCUCCCUCCUUCCUUCCCUCUCUUGCUACUCUCCCUCUCACCCCCCCCUCCCUCCUCUCCCUCUCACCCUCCCUCCCUCCCUACCUCCUUCCCUCUCUCUCUCCUCUCCCUCUCGCUCUCACCCUCCCCUCUCUCUCUCCUCUCCCUCUCAUCCUCCCUCCCUCCUUCCCUCUCACUCUCCUCUCGCUCUCACCCUCUCUCUCUCCUCUCCCUCCCUCUUUCCCCCCUCUCUCUCCUCUCCCUCUCACACCCUCCCUCCUUCCCUCUCUCUCUCUCUCCUCUCCCUCUCACCCUACCUCCCUUUUUCCUUUUCUCUCACCCUCCCUCUCUCCUACUCUCCCCCUCCCUCUCACCCUCCCUCUCUCCUCUUCUCUCAGGCGUCUUCUGUACCCAGCUCUUGUCACUCUGCUUGUGUCUACAAUAACCUUUCCCAACGGCUUCGGACAGUUCAUGGCAGCCAAGGUUAGUCUAGUUCCACCCAGCCAAACCAUGGCCAGUUGGUUUUUAUGGAUAACACAGGUGAAAUCAGAGGAGAGUUGAUAGCUAUGAAACACACGAGGUACUGUUGUUCUAUGUGUCCUAUUGUUAUGUGAUCCGGUUGUUGUGGAUGUUGUGUGAUUGGUCCCCACAAGAAUCUUAAAAACAAACAUUUGACCAACUGGGGAGAGAGAGAGAGAGAGAGAGAUAGAGAGAGAGAGAUAGAUGAGAAGAGAGGAGAGAGAGAAGAGAGAGAGCUAGAGCGAGGAGACUAUAUAAGAGAUAUACGUGACGACUGACGAGUCGCUACGCUCGCUCGCGCUAUCUGAUCGCUCUCUUCGCUCUCUAUCGUCUCGUCUUCCAUUUUUUUUUGCGCCCGUGUGUGUGCUUGUAGAAUGGUUUAGGGUGCUAAUGUAGAUGCCUCUCCGCUUAAAUUCCUCUCAUCUGUGAAAUUAAAAGCAUUAACAGCAGAAAUGCAGCGGGUCCUCCGGCCUAACACACACAUACACAGAUAUGGUCCUGCAUAUAACUGCUAAAGGGCAAUGCAGUUCAAACUACCACAGACAUGGCUACCUACCAGACGGUCGUCACUAGUUACCAUAGCCACAAAGUCAUAAACCCUCCCUAUUUCUACAAUGUAUCUUCUUAAAAUGUGAUUUUAAACCUAACCACACUGCUAACAUUAUGCCUAACCCUAAAUAAAGACCAAAAAGCUAAUGUUUGUUUUCAUGAAUUAUUACGAUAUAGUUAAUUUUGACUUUGUGGUUGUGCUAUCUAGUGGAAACCCCUACCAGACAGCGCUCACCUUACUGCUUUCACCCACCCACUCAGCAACAAUGGUAGUUAAUGCCGUUUUAGGUUUUCUGAUGUGUGCCUCUCCUCCAUGUUCUCAGUGGUCAGUACAUGGGACUUAACGUCCUACUUCUCAUCAAUAUGAUGGCUCGUUGCAUUGAUGUAUGACAGCGUGUUCAUAGACACCCAACAAUCUGUCGCGCCAGGAUUGGUGUUUGAGAGCUCGUGCUUUGUAGGCUUACUUGUAGAGCAAUCAUUGUACAAUUUCUCCAUCCGGGUCGUCACGGUUUUUCGACAUGGCAUCUUGUAGUCCUGGUUCUAGACAUGCCGUUAGGGCUACAUUGAAGCCGACGUGCGGAGCGCUUUAUAUUCGUGGCAAGUAAUUUGGAAGAUGCAUACCGCCUACUAAUGUUAUAGCAUUGUUGCGUUAGGUAUUUGUUUAAUUUAAAUGUUUCCCUUUAUGAUGAUGAUCAGGACUUGUUAGUGGUAGUUUUGUCUUUUGUGAUAAAUUGCACUUUGAUUAGAUUUUUUUAUUUUUAUGUAAACGUUUACGAUCCCAAUUUCAUUUAAACGUCACACCCCUAGUUGAUUCUGUUCUCCACUAUCAGCUCUGCCCCACACAACCUCACACUGAGGACACACCCUCUUCCAUCCCCUCACAACCUCACACUGAGGACACAAACCUUACACUGCCUCUCACUCAGCUUCACAAGCGUUUAGCCAAGACAGUUCAAAUUCCAUUCUUGCACAUUGUCUAAAGUUAAACCCUUUUACACCAGCUUUCCAUUAUGGUCUUCCAAUAAAAUGGAUGCGUUGUACCCAAUUUCAAAUCACCUCCUAGCGCCUACCCAAUGGCACUUCAUGUAGAUUGGGAUAGCACUAAUGUAAUAGCUUCUCCUUGCCCUCUUAAAGGAAUAAUUCUUGCUGCGUUGCUUAUACCUCUCCAAUCCUUUCAUAUCUGCUUAAAUGCUUUGGGGUAGGAGCUAGGGACCAAUAUGGAUUAUAUAAAAAUUGAAAAAACGCCUGCUGACUUUAGCCCUCUGUCUGUCUGAUAUGAUGUCACUUCCUGUUUCCCCCAUGCAGCUGACCCAGAUGGAGUCCCUGCAGACGUUGCUAGACAACCAGACGUGGUCCAAGCAGGGCACAGCCGAGGAGUUUGACUACAACAGCAACUCCCAGGCCUGGAAACACCCCCAGGUCAACGUCUUCGUUACCCUCACCCUCUUCGUCGUCAUGAAGGUAGGCACACAGGAGCCUAACCUUUCUCCUGUUAGUGGUCUUGAAGGAAAGGAGUUAAAGAACAAACGUGACCAUCCAAAACUGCUUAAAAGUCCUGUCCUGUCCUGUCCUCUUGUCCCCUCCCUCUCUCCUCCCUCUUCUGUCCUAAAAUCAGACACCUUUACUUUCACUCCUCUGAUAGUGCUGUCCCAUCCCAACCCCCCUGUUCCUCCAACAUCACUUCCAAGGGUGACACAGCCCACUUUCUCUGGGUAUGUGUGUGUGUGUGUGUUUGUGUGUGUGUGUGUGUGUGUGUGUGCCCAGCCUGCUACUGUAUAUGUAGCAGUAUUUCUGGCAUAUAUUUUGACGUUGUCACUAACUUCGUAUUUAUGCCCAUUGUCCUCAAUAGAGGUAGUAUUUUAGUAAUCCACACUAUGUGUGUGUGUGAUAGGUGUGAAAGCAGCGUAGGGUGUAGAGUUACUGACAGAGAUCCAUUAGAUCACACUGGCAGCUGGGCUUAAUUACUGCUAACUAGAGAAAGGGAAAGAGAAAGGGGGAUACUAGUCAGUUGUACAACUUAAUGCAUUCAACUGAAAUGUUUCUUCCACAUUUAACCCAACCCCUCUGAAUCAGAGAGGUGCGGGGGGCUGCCUUAAUCGACAUCCACGUCACGGCGCCCAGGGAACAGUGGGUUAACUGCCUUGCUCAGUGGCAGAACAACAUAUUUUUGCCUUGUCAGCUCUGGGAUUCGAUCCAGCAACCUUUUGGUUACUGGCCUAACGCUCCUACCCGCCAGGCAGGGAGGGAGAGAGGGAGAAGACAUGGAAAGAGAGGGAGGGAAAUUGUUAGGGAAAUAGAGGGAGGAAAGGAGGGAGGGAAUAAUAUCAGUACCACUUUACGUUCCAGCUCGGUAAUAACCGGGUAAUAAAUAUGUAUUUACUAGGUAAUUAGCUUGUAAUGACCAUUAGUUACCAUUAGUAGUUACCAUGUAAUUUCCCCCCCAAUCCUUUCCUGACAUCCCAACCAGCCCAUGGUUGUUACCUGGAAACAGAGACGGUAGUUUCUAUGUAAUAAUUCUCUAUCAGUGAUGGAAAAUGCAUCAUUACCUGUUUCUCUUCAGUUAUACCGUUCAAGACCUUUAAACAUCCCAACUAGCCAACAGUGUUACCUGGAAACAGAGAUGGUAGUUUCUAUGUAAUAACACAGAAUAUGUGCUGGAAAAUGCAUCACUACUUGUUUCUCUUAUGUUGUACCGUUGUAUCCCUUCCCCAUAACAAACAUAACAUAAGAGUGACACAUGUCCUUUUAAAGUGACCAAAAAUGGCUAUGACAUGACAAACAAAGCCCAGUUCACAAUCAGGUUCUUUACUGACAAAAAUAUAUAUGCACAAGAUAUGACUAAGGAUUUAUAUGGCAAUUCAUUGACAUGCUGUAACAAGCCCAUAAAUGACACAUCGACAUAAUAUGGGAAACGUCUCAUCAACAACAAACAGCUAGUCCAAAUCAAACCUUACCUGACGCCAAGGGAAUCUUGUAUGAUUGAUCAUCUGGCAUGUCUGAACCCAGCUCCACUAUUCCUUGUUCUUCUAUCAGGAUUCUUUGUCUGGAAAAUUAUCAUAUUACUUACAAAGGAUACUAAAAAGUCAAAGUACCUCACUGAGGCUGCGUCAGGGGCUUGGCUUCAACUAGGAGGCAAAUCAAAAUAUGAAAUCGCACUACAGGGAGUGAAAAAGGUCAUGACAUUUCAGCCUUUUCUGUACUAGAUAUAGCCUAAUACUUACAAUAUAGCUAGCAUCGAAACCUACUGUUCCGUAUAGUUAUAGACGACCAGUAGUAAAUAUAGCCUAGCCUAGCCAGCUAGCUAGACACGCAUAGCUACAAACACCUAUUUCCACCCUUUUAGCCACUAAACAAGAGAUUCUAUGCAGCUACAAAAAUAUACAACAUACAGUGGGGAGAACAAGUAUUUGAUACACUGCUGAUUUUGCAGGUUUUCCUACUUACAAAGCAUGUAGAGGUCUGUAAUUUUUUUUCAUACACUUCAACUGUGAGAGACAGAAUCUAAAACAAAAAUCCAGAAAAUCACAUUGUAUGAUUUUUAAGUAAUUAAUUUGCAUUUUAUUGCAUGACAUAAGUAUUUGAUACAUCAGAAAAGCAGAACUUAAUAUUUGGUACAGAAACCUUUGUUUGCAAUUAGAGAGAUCAGACGUUUCCUGUAGGUCUUGACCAGGUUUGCACACACUGCAGCAGGGAUUUUGGCCCACUCCUCCAUACAGACCUUCUCCAGAUCCUUCAGGUUUCGGGGCUGUCGCUGGGCAAUACGGACUUUCAGCUCCCUCCAAAGAUGUUCUAUUGGGUUCAGGUCUGGAGACUGGCUAGGCCACUCCAGGACCUUGAGAUGCUUCUUACGGAGCCACUCCUUAGUUGCCCUGGCUGUGUGUUUCGGGUCGUUGUCAUGCUGGAAGACCCAGCCACGACCCAUCUUCAAUGCUCUUACUGAGGGAAGGAGGUUGUUGACCAAGAUCUCGCGAUACAUGGCCCCAUCCAUCCUCCCCUCAAUACGGUGCAGUCGUCAUGUCCCCUUUGUAGAAAAGCAUCCCCAAAGAAUGAUGUUUCCACCUCCAUGCUUCAUGGUUGGGAUGGUGUUCUUGGGGUUGUACUCAUCCUUCUUCUUCCUCCAAACACGGCGAGUGGAGUUUAGACCAAAAAGCUAUAUUUUUGUCUCAUCAGACCACAUGACCUUCUCCCAUUCCUCCUCUGGAUCAUCCAGAUGGUCAUUGGCAAACUUCAGACGGGCCUGGACAUGUGCUGGCUUGAGCAGGGGGACCUUGCGUGCGCUGCAGGAUUUUAAUCCAUGACGGCGUAGUGUGUUACUAAUGGUUUUCUUUGAGACUGUGGUCCCAGCUCUCUUCAGGUCAUUGACCAGGUCCUGCCGUGUAGUUCUGGGCUGAUCCCUCACCUUCCUCAUGAUCAUUGAUGCCCCACGAGGUGAGAUCUUGCAUGGAGCCCCAGACCGAGGGUGAUUGACCGUCAUCUUGAACUUCUUCCAUUUUCUAAUAAUUGCGCCAACAGUUGUUGCCUUCUCACCAAGCUGCUUGCCUAUUGUCCUGUAGCCCAUCCCAGCCUUGUGCAGGUCUACAAUUGUAUCCCUGAUGUCCUUCCACAGCUCUCUGGUCUUGGCCAUUGUGGAGAGGUUGGAGUCUGUUUGAUUGAGUGUGUGGACAGGUGUCUUUUAUAUAGGUAACGAGUUCAAACAGGUGCAGUUAAUAUAGGUCAUGAGUGGAGAACAGGAGGGCUUCUUAAAGAAAAACUAACAGGUCUGUGAGAGACGGAAUUCUUACUGGUUGGUAGGUGAUCAAAUACUUAUGUCAUGCAAUAAAAUGCAAAUUAAUUACUUACAAAUCAUACAAUGUGAUUUUCUGGAUUUUUGUUUUAGAUUCUGUCUCUCACAGUUGAAGUGUACCUAUGAUAUAAAUGACAGACCUCUACAUGCUUUGUAAGUAGGAAAACCUGCAAAAUCGGCAGUGUAUCAAAUUACUUGUUCUCCCCACUGUACAUAUAUUAGUAGAGCGAGUUCCCAUUUUGAAAUGUGUUUCAGUUGGCUAGAUGGACAGUUUGAUGUUCCCCAAUAUGCAUUUACCAUGAUAGAUAGCUAGCUAGCUAUCUACGUUAGCUUUGAAAGCAUGCUAUGACACAGACCGUUGACUAGCCUAGCUAAUGGAGACCCAGACCCGAUCCUCUUUACACAAGCACUCAAAAUAGUCUUCUCACUGAAUAAAAUAUCAACAUUAUUUCUAAUGCUAAAGCUUAGUCUCUUACCUUUUGACUGAAGAUUACUUUUAUGGAUGUCCAACACUGGAUGAAGCAACAGGGUUUCUCUUGAGGCCAUCUUGGAAAAAUAUCCGAUAUCUAUUAUUUUUCUGCCUUUGUCUUUCAUGAACGGCCCCGUCAUUUAAUAUCUAGAUCUAGUUCUCUUUUGGGCCUGACAUCAUAAGUAUUAAUAGCGUUUCUAGCUACAUUAUUAACAGAAUGAUGGCUGGAGCAACAUACCUCUAUUGCUGGCUUGAGUGAGUGAGUGAGAGCUACGUGCAUGACAUUUUUUUUCAGGAGAAGGCACAAUCAUGUGAUCAGGUCUAAUGAGAUUGCACAGUGGAAGAAGAAGGCUGGCCCAGGCCUGCCAAGCGUUACCCAAUAAAGUUGAAGGGCGGGCCCAAAGGCUCAGUGGAAACUCCAUGUACAGUACACACAGCAGAGAGGGGAAGAGAGCAAUGACGUGGUGCACAUAUCUGCACAUAUGUGACACAGUACGCGAUUUUUGGGGACCACUUUUGGCUCAUGUGAGCUACUUAGAGAAAAACUGGCAAAAAAGUAUAAAAAACUUCUGGAACAUCUCUUUAAAUGGAGGAUUGUCCUGUUCCCAAAUUGAAAUGCCACACUGUUCCCUGUGUGACUCUGUCUCUCUGUCUGUGUCUGUCUCAGUUCUGGAUGUCUGCUCUGGCCAUGACCAUCCCUGUUCCCUGUGGAGCCUUCAUGCCAGUCUUCGUCAUUGGUAAGAGGUGUGUGUGUGUGAGUGUGUGUGUGUGUGUGUGUGUGUGUGUGUGUGUGUGUGUGUGUGUGUGUGUGUGUGUGUGUGAGUGUGUGUGAGUGUGUGUGUUUCAGCAAUAAUGUUAACCCUGCGGAUAUGCUAUGCUAUUCAGUUACUCUCUCAUUAAUAAUGAGUUUGUGUGUUCUAGGGGCAGCGUUUGGCCGUCUGAUCGGGGAGAGCAUGGCCACCUGGUUCCCUGAUGGCUUCCACUCUGAUGGUACCAUCUACCCCAUAGAGCCAGGAGUGUAUGCAACCGUAGGUGAGUUACUGUAAAAACACACACACACACAAAGAAAAAGGUUGGUACAGCUAGACAAGAUUAACAAUAUAUAUUCAAGACUAGACACAACAAGACACCAUUAUUGUAACUAUUAGGAAGUGCAAAGCCAGAUACAAUAAGACACUGC